GGUUUUUUUAGUGUAUUAAAAAUCUCUUUCCCUCCCCUCCCCCUUCCUCCUGCCUCAACUUGUCCUCUGACCUGGGCGAAAAUCCCUAUCAACUCUGAAGUGUAAGUUCACGCUUAAAGUCAGGUCCAUAAAUAUUGGGACAUCAGCAUAAUACUCAUCUCUCUGGCUGUAAACACCACCACAGUUGACUUUAAAUGAAACAAACAAGAUGUGCUUUGACUGCAGACAUUCAGCUUUAAUAUAUGGUUAUUUACAUCCACAUUAGGUGAAAGGUGUAGGAAUUAAAACAGUUUGUGUAUGUGCCUCUCACUUUUUAAGGGACCAAAAGUAUUGGGACAAACCAAAAAUCAUACAUCAAACUUUCACUUUUCAAUAUAUGAAAAGCAAAUCCUUUGCUGUCUAAGACAGAUAGAUACACCAGACGCUGGGUUUCACCCCUAGUGUUGCUCUGCCAGGCCUCGACUGCAACUGUCUUCAGUUCCUGCUUGUUCUUGGUGCAUUUUCUCUUUAGUUUUAUCUUCAGCAAGUGAAAGGCAUGCUCAAACGGAUUCAGGUCAGGUGAUUGACAUUUCAUAACAUUCCACUUCUUUGCCCUACACCGUGCACCUGAUUUGGAUGUAAAUACCCUUAAAUUAAAGCUGAAUGUCUGCAGUCAAAGCACACCAUGUUUGUUUCAGUUCAAAUCCAUUGUGGUGGUGUUUACAGCCAGAGAGAUGAGAAUUGUGUUGACGUCCCAAUAUUUAUGGACCUGAUGGUAUAUAUAUAUAUACUUAUUGGGCAAUCACUUAAAUGUUACAUUUUUGCUCUGCAGUUUAUAAUUAUAUUUCACUGUUUUGUAUUUCACCUCAAUAAUUUGCAUAAGAAAGUAAAAAGUGAAGAGGUCCUUCAUUGUGUUUGUGCAUUUUCUCUCCAUUGUAACAAACAUUUUUUACAGGCCAAGGGAGCUGCAGUAACAUCCUUUUACUAAUCAAGUGCCACAAAUUGUAGACUUUGAUAAGAAAUGAGAAAACUAAUGAUCCACAGUGAAAAGUUGUGAUUGCAGUAAACUAUAAGAUGCUGAUUUUUUUGCAACUAAAUUUAUUUACUUUUUGUCCCUGUCUUUUCUCUCCUGAACUCGAUGCUAUCUCUACUGCGGGCCCAGUUCAACGUUGGCAACUCAGCUGUAAGUUCACAAAUAAAGUAACUUAAAAAUGUUUACACUGUUACUUUUUUAAACAUAUCAUGUAAAAACCUGACAUUAUGUUCUUAUUUGACAAACUGCAACACAUUUUCAUUGUAACACAAACCAUUUUAAAUAACACUUAAUUAAUUUUGCCGGCUGACUACAGUUGAAACUGCAAUGCAGUGAGAUACAAUUAAACUAAAAAUCUCUUGUCUCUAUUUUUCCAUUUUCCUUUUUGCCAACUUUGUCCUAUCUCCAAGUGCAGACCGCUUUGUGGCGACUCGACGUAAGUUCACACAGGAAUUACAUUUUCAUCAGUAAUACAGUGUGCCAUUAUUCAACACAUUAUGGACCCCUCAUCAUGUCCUAACUUAACAAUUUGUUUCCUUUGAUUAUGUAAUACUCACAGUUGGAAAUGAACAGCUUGAAUGUAAUAUGCAGUACACUUAUUUGCAUUUCAUUUCCAAUCCCUGGAAAGCAAUUUAUUACUAUUAGAUUGUGGAGUUGGAAUUUUUUAACGAUGAAAAUCCAAAUAAUUACUAAUUGAAUGUGAUUCCCUCCUUUGUGCAUCUCUCAUAUUAAAAAAAACAAGCAAAUUUAAUGUUCUUUAAUAUGGAAUAGACAAUCAUUAUUUAUGCAGCCAUUGAUUUAUUUUAUUAUUCAUUUAAUCCUAUGUUUAGAUAUGUGUAUAUCCUUCUAAGGUACCUUGCAUGCUUCUGUUUACAGCCCAUGGAGGUGCUUGGCCUCAUUACUACUUUUUACAUUGUUGGAAUACUUAAAACACAGUAAAGGAAAUUACCUUCUCCAAAAUACAUAAUAUUUUAUCAGCAGAGUAAUCCAUUGUUACUUUUGCUUAGCAGGACAUGGUUAUGAACAUUAUAAAGGGAACUUAAAGUACUUAAAGAGUCUAAAAUACACAGGGAUAAUAGAACUUUUUGUAAAAUACUUUGAGGUCCUAAAUUUAAAAAGGUGGCUCUGUGGUUGGAUUCAAGUUGGAGUCACUGGAGGAUGUGGUGAAGAGAUGUACUGUGAGGAAGGUGGAGGCUAUUCUAGAGAACAUGGAUCACCCACUUCACAACACCUUGGUGGACCGAAAGGCCUAUGUUGGUGGACGGCUCCUCUCUCUUUGCUGCAGGGAAAAAAGAUUCAGAAGAUCUUUUGUACCCACAGCCAUCAGACUCUACAAUUUGAAUAGUAGAUGACUUUUUGAGACAUGACAAAUGAGACUACAGACAAUUGAAUUUCCCUUAGGGGAUAAAUAAAGUUCUUCGUAUCUUAAAUUAAUUUUUGAUUAACUCUCAUGAGCACUUUGGAUUUUUAGUUCUUAUUAAUUUGAUUGAUGGGUUAUCAAACAGGGCAAUGGUCAAUUCCAGAAUUUGACUCAACUUGGCUUUUGAUAGAUGUAUAGUUAAGGAUAGCCAUGUGGUGGGUUAAGUAAAAGCACAUAAUAUUGACAUUAGCUUUAAAUGGAUGUUGGUUCAUUUUAUUUCUUUUAUAAAAAAUGAUUCAUGUUUGUUUUCAUUGUGUCUUACAGGUAUCCUGUCCAGUCUCCCCACUCUCCCCUAUCUUUUUGGCUGCUCUGACUUUCCUGUCUCCUCUACCGCUCUGUCUGAUUGAAAAGCCACUCUAUCUUGUAUCCCCCUUUUCUCUAUCCCUCUAACUAAGUUUUGGAUGCUCUGACUUUCCUGUCUCCUCUACCGCUCUGUCUAAUUGAAAAGCCACUCUAUCUUGUGUCCCCCUUUUCUCUAUCCCUCUAGCUAAAUUUUGGACGCUCUGACUUUCCUGUCUCCUCUGCCGCUCUGUCUAAUUGAAAAGCCACUCUAUCUUGUGUCCCCCUUUUCUCUAUCCCUCUGACUAAGUUUGGUUACUCUGACUUUCCUGUCUCCUCUACCGCUCUAUCUGAUUGACAAGCCUUUCAGAAACCAUUGUAACAAGCCUUUAAGAAACCAUUGUAACAAGCCUUUCAGAAACCAUUGUAACAAGCCUUUCAGAAACCAUUGUAACAAGCCUUUAAGAAACCAUUGUAACAAGCCUUUCAGAAACCUAUUGAAAUUGCCUCUAUUGAGAAACCAUCUUAUGAAACUGCUUCCAUUGAGAAACCUAUUGAAACUGCUACCUUUUUGAGAAACCUUUUGAAACACAAUUUUUUGGAAAUAUUUUAAUAAAUCAUUUUGAGAAACCUUUUGCUAACCCCUUUUUGAGAAACAUUUUGAUAUACCAUUUUUGAGAAACCUUCUGAUAAACCUUUUGAAACACAAUUUUUGAGAAACCUCUUGAUACACUGUUUUUCAGAAGCCUUUUGAUAAACCUUUUGAAACACAAUUUUUGAGAAACCUUUUAAUAAACCAUUUUUGAGAAAUCUUUUGAUAAACCAAUUUUGAGAAAUCUUUUGAGAAACCUUUUGAAACACAAUUUUUGAUAAACCAUUUUUGAGAAAUCUUUUGAUAAACAGUUUUUUCAGAAACCUUUUGAUAAACCUUUUACAAUACCACUUUUGAGAAAACCUUUGAUAAACCUUUUUGUAAACCAUUUUUUAAACCAUUUUUGAGAAUCCUUUUGAAACACCAUUUUUGAGAAACCUUUUGAAACUGUUUUACUUCUUAUACAACCACUACUUUGAAAAAUCCCUAAUUUUGCACAAGUCUGAUUGUUGUUUUAGGUCCUCCUUUCCUGUGUGUGGAUCCAGAGUUUCACCAGAAGUGUCAUCAGCACCACCACAUCUGCAUCCCUGAUUUUGAAAGAAAAAAAAAAAGUUCCAUAUAGAAUAUUUGAGUUAGAUAUUAUUUCAAGCUCAAAGUUCUAAGAUUUAAAAAUUGUUGAUUUGUGUUUUUUCUGAAAACAUUUAUAUAGUCUUGUGUAGGAUUUUCUUAUAAAACAUUUGAUAAACUAUUGUGGUAUACACACAGUUAUAAAUUAGAUUUUUUGGAGACUAUAAGAGCUGUUAAAUAACGUCCUCUUGAAGAAAUAAAGCAUUUUUGUCUUUACUGGUGCUUGUCAUUAACUUUUAAUUGUUGCAUAAACACAUUGUUGUGAAAGAAUAGUUACAAUGCCAAGGAAGAGUAAGAAGUCACAGGCUGCAAGCCAGCGCUGGCAGAGGGUUCAUGACAUUGAUUGUGUGAGUACUGGACAAACAGAUGGUGUUCCUCAGAGUAGUGGAGAGGUAAAGAGGUCUGAAGUGUCUGAUGCUGUGAAACAGGGAGGUCCAAGUGCAUCAUGUCAACCACAGGCAUCUUAUGCAGAUGUGAGUGAGUCACUUGCAGCAGGUCCAUCUAACUCUGAACAGGUAAACCACAGAUGUGAAAGUAAUGAUCCAGGUGCGCAACAGGUAACAUAUGCAGACAUGUUGAAGAGAAAAGUUCCUCGUGUGUCAUGUACUGCCGGUCCGUCCAACUCUCGUCAGAUAAACUACGUAGCCCAAACUGACAAGCCAUUUUCAACCCAGGUAUCGUAUCCAGACACAGUUAACCACCGUAAUUAUCAGUCUGUAUCAGCCUCUUCUCAGCCAGGAAAUAUUAACGCUGUUAAUAAGUCAGGUGAACAAAAUGUCUGUGCGUCACGCAGCCAAGCGUCUCUGAAAUACGGCCGAUCCAGAAACCAGCAGUGCACCUGUAACUCACUGACAUUUCUAGCAUUCCUGUAUGAGAAAGAACACAUCACCAGAGCAGAUCUGGACCGUGUUUUGGAUAAAGGUGAUGCGAUGUACAGAGAAAUCAGAAAAACUGUUGAUCACGCCCAUCUGACAACCGAUGAGCUCCCUGACCAGGUUCCUGCCCGCAGACACAUGCAGACUGUUGACAAGUUACAGCUGUCUAGAUACGGUACGUUUGGAGAUCCAGAUCCCGGAGCUGUUGAUACCUUUCUGGACCUCGAGAUGGGACUGAGCUGCUUAUUAUCAGAUGUGCAGUAUGCUUUGCUGCUAAUGACUUCACUGUGCAUUGCAGUUUUCAGAACCAGAGAUGGCAGGUACGGUUUCUUUGACCCACAUGCUAGGACAGCUAACGGUUUGCCUCUGCUUAAGGCCACACCUACUCCUGGUACCGCUGUCAUGGUAACAUUCACACGCCUCAGUGACAUGAUUCAAAGGCUCAUCAGGUAUCACCACAUAUUGGGCACAGCAGCGUCCUGUAACUAUGAGCUCAAGCCAGUUGUGUUCUGUGAUGUGAACCCAAGUGAUGCUAUCCCAGCCACAGAAAGUCCGUCCACAAGUCCCUCUGUCACAACCACUGUGAUAAAUGAUGACACAAGUGCCCCACAGAUGAACACUGAUGUCCAUGAAAACACUGAAUGGGACAUGGAAACUGAACCAGAACCACUAAUCAACUUCAACCAGUGUUCUGUCACAUUAACUGGUCCUGAAUUUCUCACUCCAGAGAUUGACACUAUUGUAAGUGAUGACAGAUCACAGAAAGCCUCAACUUUGAUGGAAACUCAAGCUCAUCAAACAGGUCAAAUCAACAAUAAUUCUGUCCCAUUAGAGGAAACUCAACAGAACCAAUCAAAUUUGACACAACCAUUGAUAAUGAUCCCCGUUGCUAGUGACAAAGUUAUCCAUGACAUCUCCACUAAACUGUCAAAAUUAAGCAAACAGCAAAAAAAGAAAUUUAAGAGGAGACUAAUGAGAUCCGGAAAGACAUUUGAAAAGAAAGAGAAUCAAAAAAGGAGAGAGAGAGAAAAGUAUGCUAAGAAUGAAACAUAUAAAGCAAAGAAAAAGUCUUAUUCAAGUAACAAAUAUUCUGUAAAUCCUGAGAUACGGACAAAGAAAAGACAAAAGAUCACAUCUAAAUAUAGAGAAAGCACAGACUUCAGACUGAAACAAAAAGAAUAUAUCACACGAAAAUACAGGGAAAAUGUCGAUUUUAAAGGCAGACAAAAAGAAUAUAUCACCAAAAAAUACAGAGAAAAUGUUGAUUUUAAAGGCAGACAAAAGUUAAAUUUCAGGAAAAGAUAUGGAGAAAAUGUUGAUUUUAAAGGCAGACGAAAAGAAUAUUUCACGAAAAAAUACAGAGAAAAUGUUGAUUUUAAAGGCAGACAAAAGGAAUAUAUCAGGAAAAAAUACAGAGAAAAUGUUGAUUUUAAAGGCAGACAGAAAGAAUAUAUCAGAAAAAAAUACUCAGAGGACGUUAAUUUCAGGCAAAGACAGCAAUCAUAUAUCAAUCAUCGAUAUGCAAAUGAUGAAAUAUUCCGGAACCGACACAGACAGCUGAUGAGACAAAUGAUGCGAGACAGGUAUAAGACAAAUCUUGCAUACAGGACAAUGCAUAAAAUCAGAUGUGCAUUGAAAAUAUCAAAGAAAUACAAACGGAUAAGUAAACAAGCACAUGAGACUGACAGAGAGAGUGAAAACCCACUUAUUGAAAGUGCCAUAAAUGAUUUCCGUUCACACAUUAAAGCUGGUCCCACCCAUGUUUGCACAGUUUGUCACAAAGCCUCAUUUCCAAACCAGGUGCAAAAGUGCAAGAGGUCCAACUAUGUGAAAAAUCCAAUCAUGGUUUCAGCUUGUCUCAAAGGUCAGUACGUCCAUGAUUGUAAUGAUGACUGCAGAAAUCAGUGCACUGUCCCUGAUGAGAGAAAGACUGAGUGGAUUUGUCACACCUGCCAUGACCAUCUGAAAAAUGGAGCCAUGCCCAAACUUGCCAUAGCUAAUAACUUGGAGCUUGCUGACAUACCACCUGAGCUGUGUGACCUCAACAUACUGGAGAGACAUCUGAUAGCAAAGUGCAUAACAUUUGCCAAAAUCAUUCCUCUUCCCAAAGGCAGACAGAGAGCUAUACAUGGUAAUGUUGUAUGUGUUCCCUCUGAAGUCCAGGAAACAAUUCAGGCUCUACCCAGAUUGAGAAAUGAAUCUCAGGUCAUGAGAGUAAAACUGAAGAGACGUUUGAGUUACAGAGGUCACCAUCUGUUUCAGACUGUUACCUGGUCCAAGCUAGUGCAGGCUCUGCAUAAACUGAAAGAGAUACACCCCCAGUAUGAAGACAUCACUAUUAGAGAUGAGGAGGAGUUAUGUGACCCCACACUUCCUGAUGAUGGUGAUGAGGAUGAGGAUGAGGAUGAUGGUAAUGAUAUUACAAUGAAUGAUGACGACUAUGAUGAUGAGGAUUUGAUGGAAAUUGAUAGAAUUGAGGCUGCUGCCAUGUAUGAGGCUGAAACUAAUGUUGAAAAUGAGGAUGAAAACACAGAGCUGUGUGAUAAAAGUCAGACCCAGGACAAUGAUGAUCAGACACAACAACAGGAUGCAGAUGCAGACAUAUCUAAUGGUGGUGUUGUUUUGGAGUCGUGCCUUCAGCCACGUGAUGUUUCUGAGGAGAUACUGUGUUUCAGUGACUCUACAUACUCAGUAGCUCCAGCAGAGAGAAACAAUCCAGUCAGUUUUUUCAAAACUCCCAAACUAGAGGCCAUGGCGUUUCCUGUUCAGUUUCCCACUGGUGAGAAUACACUGGAUGAAAACAGACCAAUGAAACUAUCACCCAGUAGUUAUUUUAAAGCAAGGCUCUUUGGUGUCGAUGAUCGCUUUGCCAAAGAUACCAACUACCUGUUCUUUGCACAGUUUGUGACUGAAAUACACUUGGCUACCUCCAGCAUGUCAAUACAGUUACGCAAAGGCAAACCUUUGACCAGAGACGGACGUAAAAUAACAUCCAGAAUGUUGAGAGACAAAUAUGAAGUGGAGAGACUGGUGAGAAACAGAGAUGCUAUCAGAUUUAUGCAGCCGCUCAGAGGAACACCAGCCUACUGGGACAAAACUACAAAAGAUCUGUUUGCUAUGAUCAGACAGUUGGGCAGUCCUACUUUCUUUGUCACAUUUUCUGCAGCAGAAAUGCGUUGGCCUGAGGUGAUUAUUGCUAUAAAAUCACAACAAGGUGAGGAAGUGAAUUUUGAGGAGCUCGACUGGUCCACAAAGUGUGACAUUCUGAGAAGCAAUCCUGUGACAACGAUGCGCAUGUUUGAUAAGCGUGUUGAAGCACUGUACAGAGAUCUGAUCAUGUCUCCUGCACAACCCCUGGGCAAAGUUUUUGACUUCUUUUGGCGUCUCGAGUUUCAACACAGAGGAAGUCCUCAUAUACAUGGUCUUUUGUGGGUAGAAGGUGCACCUGUGUUUGAGAGAGACUCUGACAAAACUGUGUGUGACUUUGUGUCCAAACACAUCUCUGCUCAGCUCCCUGACCCAAAUAAACAGCCUGAACUGUACAAAAAGGUCAAAGAAGUGCAAAUACACAGUAAGAACCACUCAAAGACAUGUUUCAAAAGUGCAAGUUCUGGAUGCCGAUUUGGAUUCCCAAAACCACCCUCCAGACAGACAAUGAUAACAAGACCUGUGGGUGAUGAUGAGGAGUCAGAGAGACUUAAGAGAGCCAAAGAGAAACUUGCACCACUGAAUCAGCUGCUGAAUGAGACACAAACUGAAUCCAUGAGUUUUCAACAGCUCCUGUCUGUCUGUGACUUAACCGCUGAUGAGUAUGAGAAACACAUGAAUGUGAUGAGUCAGUCCAGCAACAUCAUUCUGAAGCGUGAGCCGAAAGACUGCUGGGUAAACACCUACAACCCUCACCUGCUCAAAGCUUGGGAUGCAAACAUUGAUGUGCAGUUCAUUCUCAGCUACUACAGUCUGAUCCAUUACAUAUGUACGUACAUGUGUAAAAGUGAGAACUCUGUGAGCCAGUACCUGCAAACACUCAUUCAGAACUCCGACAGAGAAUGUGUCAAUGAAUGUGAUGAAAUGAAAGCGGUCAUGCAGGCGUAUUCCAAAAAGCGAGAAGUAUCAGCACAAGAAGCUGUUGCCCGAGUGACUUCACUGAACAUGAAAAAGAGUUCACGCAGUGUGGUUUUUGUCCCAACUGAUGACAACCCAGUGAAAAUGAGUCUGCCUGUGUCAAGCCUUGACAACACAACACCAGACAGCUUGAAUGUGUGGAUGACAUCCUUAACAGACAAGUACAAAUCCAGACCUGAAUCACCAGAGUUUGAAGAGAUGUGCAUGGCUGAUUUUGCGUCUACCUGCAGACUGGUGUAUGGACAACAGACCAAGGGCAAGAAAGUGGUACCUUUGCUGAAUGAACUAGGCUUUAUACAGAGACGAGAAAGUGACAACGCUGCUGUCAUCAGGUAUCGCCGCAUAUCCAAAGAGAAAUACCCUGAGCAGUUUUACGGCACAUUGCUUAGACUGUAUCUUCCAUACAGAUCAGACGAUGAGCUGAAAAGACCAUAUUUUCCCACAUAUGAGUCAUUCUAUGAGAGAGGUGUGGUUCAGCUGCCGUAUUCUGACCGACCCCUGAGUGUGAAACUCAUCGUGAAAAGAAACCGAGAGAGGUAUGAAAAAAACAGUGAGGAAAUUGACUCUGCUCUCGAGGACUUUGAACAGAACAGAGGUGUGGUCGAUGAAUGGUGUAAUUUGGCACCUGAAUCUGAACUGGUGAGGUUGGAGUGUAUCGAUGAACUGGAUGCCAGACAGUGUGAAAAUGUCCAAGAGGAUGUACCGGAUUACAGCAGACAAGCAAAUGCUGCUACAGAGGCCAGAGUCAUGAGAGAGCCCCCUACAAUCGAUCCCACACGGUUACGACAAAUGUAUCAGAGUCUGAACCAGAAACAGGCAUGUGUGUUCUAUGCAGUGAGAGACUGGUGCAUAAAACGAGUCUGUGGACGACAACCAGAGCAGUUUUUCUACUACAUCAAUGGUGGUGCUGGCACUGGAAAGUCACAUCUCAUUAAAUGCAUUCAUUCAGAAGCAUCAAAGAUUCUGAGAACUCUACCUAGACGUGCAGAGGAAGCUGACAUCUCAAACCCGACUGUGCUGUUGACUGCUUUCACUGGAACUGCAGCCUUUAACAUCUCUGGAACAACACUGCACUCUCUCCUCAAGCUGCCCAGAAGUUUGAAACCUCCUUUUCAAGGUCUUGGGAACCAACUUGAUGAAAUCAGGUGUGAGCUUUUAAACGCUGAAAUCAUCAUCAUUGAUGAAAUCUCCAUGGUGUCGAAGCCUCUGUUUGCCUAUGUGGAUGUGAGACUGAAACAGAUUAAAGGCAGCCACAGACCCUUUGGAGGAAUGUCAGUCAUUGCUGUGGGAGACUUUUACCAGCUACCGCCUGUGCGACAGUCCAAACCACUCUGUGUCUAUGAUCCAAGUGAACUUGACCUCUGGAGAGACAACUUCCAGGUGAUCACUUUAGAUGAGAUCAUGCGACAGAAGGAUGACAAAACUUUUGCCGAGAUGCUGAACAGACUCCGUGUGAAAACAAGGUCAGAUGAGAUUUCUGAAGCUGACAGAGCUCUGCUGUCACAGCGUGUCACUGAACCACAACUGUGUCCCUCUGAUGUCCUGCACAUUUUUGCUACAAACAAACAAGUCGCAGAACACAACUCUGCUACACUAUCUCUGCUCCAUUCUGAUAUCACCACCAUUGAUGCAGAUGACUUUAAAAAAGACCCACACACUGGACACAUGAAAAGACAAGGUGCACCAUGUCAUGGAAGCAGAAAUGAUCUACCUGACACACUAGAUGUUGCAGUAGGUGCUAGAGUCAUGCUUACCAGAAACAUUGAUGUGUCUCAAGGAUUGGUGAACGGAUCAUUUGCUACAGUAGGCCGUCUCAUAAGCUCUGAAAACAACGGUUCUGCUCUUGUCACUAUGCUUGGUCUCAGGAUGGAUGAUGAAACAGCUGGCAGGAGCUAUCGUACUAGAGGAGACAAUCUUGUGUACAUCGAGAGAUCUGAGGAGGCUCUGCAACAGAAAGGAGUGGUACGCAGACAGUUUCCUGUGAAACUUGCCUUUGCAUGCACGAUACACAAGGUUCAAGGUAUGACCAGAAAAUCAACUGUUGUCUCUCUGAAGCACAUUUUUGAGCCCGGCAUGGCCUAUGUAGCUAUCAGUCGAGUGACCUCUCUCAGCGGACUGUACAUGCUUGAUUUGGAUGAGAGUAAAAUCCAUGCUAACCCUGCAGUCACUGUAUCUUUGGAGACCAUGACACAAGCUAACUUUGAUCACCUCAUGCCUUUUCUCCAGAUCCAGCAUUCUCUCAGCAGACAGGACACUGUGAGCAUCAUUCAUCACAACACCGAAGGAUUACCUGCUCAUGUGAAUGACAUCAAAAGCCAUCAUGAACUGUGUCUUGCAGAUGUUUUGUGUCUGACAGAAACUCACCUACAGGGCUCCUUUGUGGCAGACAGUCUCCAGUUUGAGGGCUACACCAUGUUCAAACGCAACAGACAUUUGUCCUACACUAACUUUCCACAGAUGGCCAGUAAAGGAGGUGGUGGAGUCGCUGUUUAUGUGAAAAACCAUUUGCAGGUUGUGGAGAAACAGUACCUGAAUAAUGUGACUGACCUCGAGUUUGUGGCUUUGAAGGUUGAAUCUCCUGUAAGUGCUCUGAUUGCAGCUGUGUACAGACCUCCAGACUACAGUGUGCCAUCAUUCCUGUCCAAUCUGGGAAGCCUUCUGGACUCACUUGAGAUCAUGGACUGUCAUCCUAUCGUUGUCUGUGGCGACUUCAAUGAGAAUCUCUUUUCUAAUGCAAGUAAGCCAAUUUUGGAUUUCUUUCAGUCCAAGGGAUAUGGUCAACUGAUCACUGCUGCUACAACGGACAAGAACACACUGCUGGACCUGAUUUUCAUCUCAAGACCUCGGCUAUGUCUCUCCUCAGGUAUCGUGCAGACAUACUACAGUUACCACAAUGCCACUUACUGUGUUAUUUCAUCCAACAGGUCAUAGAAGAAACUGCUCUGAAGGGAAAGACAAACUACAGAAGCUGUGGCUAAUGUUAUGCUCAUAUUUUCAGUACAGAUUGAAAUGUGUUUGGUCAUUGUAAAUUUUACUCGUGCAAAAAAUAUUCUUAUGGUUCAGAAUUUUUAUAUAGAAAAUAUUUUUCAGGUUGUAAAAUUUUCCAACUAUUCAAAUGUUAUAAAUGACAAUUUUUGGCCUGUGCAUUUAUCAAGUCCAGUCAAGUCAAGUUAAUCCAUUUAACUUGACUUGACUGGACAUAGGGAGGGUGGGUGCGGAUUGAUAAAUGCACAGGCCAAAACUCUCAGCUGCUGUGUACAAUAAUGUAUACAGCAGCUAAAAUUAAAAACCUCCAUCAGAAAGUGUGUGUUCCCUAAUGAACACACACUUUCUGAUGUUCUAUUACCUACCAGCUGAAACCCCCCUUUUCUCCACCCAACUUUACACCACUCUCUUAGCAUGGGUGGCUGUAAGUACACUAGAGCAAACCUAAGUUUCCUUUUCUUUGGGUAUGUUUUUAGUUUUAAUUUUUUAUUAUUAUUAUUUUUUUUUUUUUCAGUUGUCCCCACCAUCUUUAACCUGACCCCCAUUAGUACUAUCCUGACUAGCUCACUGUAAACUGAAAAAAAUUAUCAAACUGUCAACCAAAAGUAAACACAUCACCCGUGGAUGCAGUAGAGUAAAGCGAAGUUUCCUUUUGUUUGGGUAUUUUUUUUUCUUCUUCAGUUGUCUCUGCCAUCUUUGUCCUGACCAUUAGUGCUGUACUGACUAGCUCACUUAUGAGCAGAAAAAAAUUAUCAAACCAUCAACCAGAAGUAAACACAUCACUUUGGACCACUCAAAGACACAGUCUACCUGCUGUUUAACCCAGUCUUUGGUCAGAGGUGAAGAAGAGAUGACAUCCUCCACACCAUCCCCCUGCUGCUCUCAACAACCAUCAUCGCUGUGCUGGACACACUGCAGCACCCACCAGGACCGUUCUCUCAUGGACUACACAAACAUGUGUUUUACCUGCUUGUGCUCCAGAUGUCCUGAAGCAGCUCUCAAGGACCACCAGACACCAGGCUGAAGCAGAACUGAUGCUGUAGUACCUGUCACUCACUGGGCUCGUUCCUGCUGAACCCCCAAGAAAUAAACCCCUCUUCAAGAAAGUCUGAGGUAAUGUCUUGGUGAACUUGUGUUCAUUCAUGUACAGCUCUGCUGAUACCAUCGUCUUUAACAGCAGUGUUUUCUCCCAGGUCUUCUUUAAGCCAGUUAAGAGAGGAAGAACAGCUUAGCCACUCAGACAGCUGAACACACCAAAGGUGGACAUCAUGCAGCCACCCUGAGCCUUGAGCCUCUCUGUGUGAGGAAGCUUUGCUGCUGCAGACCUGGUGAAGUUGCUCUGCUGCAGUGCUGAAGGUAUUCAUUGUAAUGAUGUGUGUAUUUAUUCAACAUGUUUAGUUUCACAGAUUAUCAACACAAAUGUUUCUGUUUAUUUCCUGUUUUGAACCAGCUACAUUCUCCUACUUCAAGUCACUGUCUGUUCAUCCACGAUGUAGCAAGUGCAGCUAACUAAUGGUGAUCCUACAAUCAAUUGUAUUGAUAUACAGUUAAACUGAAGGGGAUUUUGUUUGUUUUUUUUCAGACCUCUCCUCCUCCUGCCUCUGACUCCGGUAAUGCUAUCAACUCGAAAACUGAUAACUGCACACAGUGAUUCUACAACCACAGGUCAAAGGUCAAAACAUUACCUCACUCAAAACCUUCACUCUGAAUUGUACCGGGCUCGGCUUUUGGUUUUGAAAAAAAGUGCCCAGACAGAACACAGUACUCACUUGAGGAACUGACUGAUUGUCUUCAGGACAGGACAACUAUUACUCUUAUAUUAUUUUGAAUCCUGUUUUCUACAUUAAGUGAUCGGUUGUCGAUAUCUGUUAAUAUUUUAAGUUUCCUGUUUCUUGGACUUAAUUUGUUCUAUCUUAUUUUAGUAUUUUCUUUCCCUUUUACUGUGUAUCUGUCCUUAUAUCAAAAGAUGACCAACACUGAUGAAGGGAAAAAAUACCAGUUACUUCAGUUGUUGCAGGCAGCUGAAUUUCUCGCUUUAAUAUGCUCACCAUAGCCCUCAAAUUUACCUACAAGAGAAGACGUGUUUUUAGAAAUAAAUGAUGUACUUUGGGUUUCAGCUGGUAGGUACACUGCAGGUUUUUCACGUGUGCUUAGUCUUGGGCUAAUGUUUUGGACAGCAGUGAUCCCAGCAUUACAGUGUGAAACAAUCCCAGCUGAAGGUUGUCGUCACAAUCAUCAAACACAGGGCUUGGUUAAACGAACUGUGUGAAGGGAUUUCAUAGAGGAACAAAGUUCCCAAUCCAGCAUUUCAGUAAGACAGAGUAGUGUGAAUGUUUGGAUAAGAAAACACUGGGAUCUAAAAUGCUGACCAGAUUGUCAGUCCACUGCAAUGAGCUGAUGACAGUAUUAGCCUUGGUCUAACUACUGUGAAAAGCCUUUUGGGUGGUAAGGUGGACCAAUACAUGCUAUAAAAAAUACUUCAGUGCCAUAUUUAAGUUAUUAACCUUUCACCUUACUUUGCCCGUAUAUUUCCACAAGCCUGGAGGACUGCAUCUUUUGCAUUUGCAUUCUUUUCCUUACCCUCCACAUUAUUUUAAAUUUUUAAUUUAGAUUUAAUUAAAAAUAUAUAUAUUUUAAUUUCUGUAAAAUACUUCUGUACCACAUUGUACAGUAAACUGCUGAGUUAUUAUUUUUGCAAACAAAUGAGCAGAUGACAAUGAGCUGAUGACAGUAAUAGCCUUGGUCUACUGUGAAAAGCCUUUUGGUGGUAAGGUGGACCAAUUCAUUACAUCAAUUUAUUUCAAGUUAUCAAAUCUACUUUUUAAUCUGAUCAUUUUAGAUUUUGUUUAAUGUUUCAGUUACAUAUCAUUUAAUUUUAUUUAUUAUUAUAAUCAUUUAUUAUUCUAUAAUUUUCUUUUUUUUCUACAUGAGAAGGCCCACAUUUCACUGCAGUUAGCUUUAAAAAAUACUACAAUGCCGUAUUUAAUUCAUAUGCCUUUCACCUUACUUUGCCUGUAUAUUUCCACAAGCCUGGAUAACUUUGCAAUACUUUGUAAUACUGCUGACCGAUUUUAGUAACAAUUUUUUUUAUAACUCUCAAGUCACCAUUUUCAUAUAUUUUUUUAAUGUAUAGGUGUAAAGGUUUUUCAGAUGUGCGAACUUAGUCUUAGGCUAAUCUAAACCCUUAAAAACACACAUAACAGUCCUGUAGCAGACUUUGAAAUCAAAUUUCAAGGUCUGUUUUUAAAGCCCACAACACAGGACUUGGCUCAAUGGGCCAAUACAAAUUUUAUGAGCCAACUUUUGUUAAGGCUUAGUAAUCCGAAAACACAAGAAAAGAGGUGAAUGUGGGUACAGGGCUGCUGGAGUUUGAAUCCAGUAAAUAAUCCAGGGUGUUAGCCUCAGUCUAACAACUGUGUGAAGAGCCUUUAAUGAUUGGGCUAAACAAUUUUAGAAACAACUGAAAAUGUGAUACCUUUGUCCAUCAACAAUCACAGCAACUACAAUCUUAAAACCUUCAGCUUAAGAGACAGAUUGGUCACCCAUGUAAAGAUUUCUGCUUCCAAAACCUGUUCACAAACAAAUUGUUUAUAAUUUGAUUUAAGGCACUAUGGAGCACUAUUUCUUUAUGUGUUUAUGUUUAGAUGUUUUUUUUUUUAUUUUUUUUUUUAUUUUAUGAUUAAUCAUUUCAUUGCUCACAAAAUGUUAAAGAAUUGACAAAAAUAUUUUUCUUUUUUUCUUUGUUUUGGUUUUACUUAUGUAAAAACUCAAUUUGAAUUUUCAAGUUGAUUCAAAUUUUAAAUUAAAAAUAUUUGAGUAAUGUAUUCAAUUUUCUCAUCUACAUUCAUUUCUACUUCUUCCAACAUGAAGGCCUUUUCAGCCAUCUUAAAAAUUCUUUACCAUAUUUUCUGUAAUGUUCAAGUUCAGUUCUUUAGCAAUUUGAAUAUUCAUACAGCUACUGGUUUACCUCUCCCAGUGUUUUUACAUCCAUACAACUCAUCUCUUUUUCAUCAUCUUCUUCUUCAGUUCUGUUACGGUUGAAACAUUCAUACAACUUCUACUUAUAACACUUCACCCCUUUAACAGUUUUUUCAUUUAUACCUUCUCCAUUUAUUACUGGCAGUUUAGCAUUGCUUUUUCAGCUUUCAGCACUCAGCAUUUCCACGCAUUUUCUGCAAGGAAAUGCAAUUUUUCUAGUAUUAUACUUAACACUCUCCCCAUACGUUUCUUUGGACCGCUUCUCCUCCUUCAAACUUUGUCCGAUUUCAACCGUUCAAACUUUAAACUAUUCCACUCCUUCAGGACAUGAUGGCUAUUACUUUUCUCUUUUCUACCCUUUAUACUUUUUAUUAUUUUUCACUUUUUGUGCCAAACUUUUUUUCCCAUAGAAAUGAAUGGGGAAAUCUUCCAAUUCUUCCUGUUAUUCGUCCACCUUCUAAGCCUUAUAACUUCAGCAUACUUUCACCUAGAGACCUCAUUUUUGCUUUAAAAUGUUCAUUGUCUUGUCGACUAUUGAUGUUGUAUUAACCUUUUUGUGCUAUCUUUUACAGUUUUUCCACAAUUUAGCUUUAUGCAACUUGUGGUUUUCAGCAAAUUUCAGGCUUUAUAAUAGGGGUGUAUUGGAGAGGCUAGAGUGAUGAUUUGAAAAGCUAGAGUGCAGACCUCGUCUCUGAUCGACAGAACCUCGCUCGAAUAUAUCGCUCCCACGCCCACAAAUCUCACUCCACAGCAUAAAAAAUACAUCAAAAUAGAGGUAUAUGUGUCCUGCUUCUCACAAAAGAGGUUUCAAAUCAUUAAAUCCUACCCCUUGGCCAGCAGGUGACCAACUGUCCAAAAAAGGCGGAAAUCUCUCCCAUUGACUGUAAUGUUAUUUUCUCCAAGAAAAUCCGGAUCAUCGCUCAGGCUCAGACUUUUUUAACUCGCUGUUGUGGCCACAUUUUUCGGAGUACAGACAUGAAAAACACAUCAUUGUGUUCAUGAAGGCGGAGGAUUCGUACGAUGUUCUUAUUUUCAUUCUGGGACUUAAGGAAAUCACGCUAUGUGAAGAAGUUCAAGCUAAAUUCACUGCAGUUCAGCAGCUUCUCAUUCAAACAGUAGGUCAGUGAUUUGCCUUUGAUCUCACAGCUGUUUAGGAUGCAGUCAUUAACGAGACACACACACACACACACACACACACACACACACACACACACACACACACACACACACACACACACACACACACACACACACAUUCUUGUACUUGUUGCAUUGUCAGGUCUACCUUGCAGUUCACCUGCUUGUACACACAGGUAAUAUGUGUCUGCUUCACCACCUAUCUCCACCCACAAACUUUGAGCUACAGAAACCAUUCUGGGCUUCAAAAAUUCAGCUCAUUGAAGAUAUUAUGGGGUGUUUUGAGGAUUGUGAUAAUAAAUUGUAUUAAUGUGUUUAGCAGAGUCUUGUGUUCUCACAAGCUCCUUAUCAGGAAUAUACAGAGGAUGAGCGUCAGGGCCUACUUGGAGUCCUGUUUCCUUAGCUUCAAGCCUUCUUUCUCCUGCUAUAGUUAUGCAUCCAAGGUCCCCAUGGCAACCAAUUUGUGCACCUGGAGACACACAGCUGACUGGAAAGCUGCUUCUAAUGGCCAUAUGAGACACAUGAAGCCAGGCUCAGCACACAUAGCACUGGGGAUGACACUUAAAACCCUUUACUAGAGCGCUUGAAAAAACUUCAGCCCCUAUCUCCUCACAUGACCUUUGACCUACAGAAACCAUUCAGGGCUUUAAAAUUUGAGCUCAUUGAGGACAUUAUGGGGUGUAUUUAGGAUUUAUAUACAUUUAGAUUUUUCACAUUUUAAAGUCACUCAGUGAUGAUUUAUCAUUUAAUUUUUCAAACUAAUUUGAACUGAUUCAAACUGAUUCAAAUCUUUCUAAUACUUAAAAAAUUAAACUUAUGCCACUUCCCACCUUCCUGCCUUUUAAGGCAAUUUCCUUCUUCAUUCAAACUUUGUGCAAUUUUAGACAUUUUUCUAGCCUCUUUCAGCAUGAAUAAAAUUUCUUUUUAUAGAGCAUAUUCAUACUAUUUGUCCUUCAACCAAUUAAUCAAUUAUCCAACUUACAUUUCUUUCACACCCCUUCAACAGCUUUAACAUUUAUACCUUUCUCCAUGUUUUAUUAGCAGUUUAGCAUUGCUUUUUCAGCUUUCAGCACUCAGCAUUUCCACGCAUUUUCUGCAAGGAAAUGCAAUUUUUCUAGUUAUGGAAAUUGAAGCAUUUCCACUUUUUUUUUACUUAUUAUUCUUCCGUCCCUUUUUUGGACCGCUUCUCCUCCUUCAAACUUUGUCCGAUUUCAACCGUUCAAACUUUAAACUAUUCCACUCCUUCAGGACAUUAUGGCUAUUACUUUUCUCUUUUCUACCCUUUAUACUUUUUGAUUUUUCACUUUUUGUGCAAAAAUUUUUCCAUUAAAAUGAAUGGGGAAAUCUUCCAUUCUUCCUUUAUUCUUCCACCUUCAACCUUAUAACUUCAGCAUACUUUCACCUAGAGACCUCAUUUUUGCUUUAAAAUGUUCAUUCACUUGUCGACUAUUAUAGUUGUACUCAGAUUUUUGAUAUCUCUUACAGUUUUUCCACAAUUUAGCUUUAAGCAACUUGUGGUUUUCAGCAAAUUUCAAGCUUUAUAAUGGGUGUGUAUUGGAGAGUUUAGAGUGAUGAUGUCAUCAGCUAGAGUGCAGACCUCGUCUCUGAUCGACAGAACCUCGCUCGAAUAUAUCGCUCCCACGCCCACAAAUCUCACUCCACUGACACAAAUAAUACAUCAAAAUGGAGGUAUAUGUGUCCUGCUUCUCACAAAAGAGGUUUCAAAUCAUUAAAUCGUACCCCUUGGCCAGCAGGUGACCAACUGUCCAAAAAAGGCGGAAAUCUCUCCCAUUGACCGUAAUGUUAUUUAUCUCCAAGAAAAUCCGGAUCAUCGCUCAGGCUCAGACUUUUUUAACUCGCUGUUGUGGCCUCAUUUUUCGAAGUACAGACAUGAAAAACACAUCAUUGUGUUCAUGAAGGACGGAGGAUUCGUACGAUGUUCUUAUUUUCAUUCUGGGACUUAAGGAAAUCACGCUAUGUGAAGAAGUUCACAGGCUGAAAUUCACUGCAGUUCAGCACCUCUCAGUCAAACAGUAGGUUAGUGAUUUGCCUUUGAUCUCACAGCUGUUUAGGAUGCAGUCAUUAACGAGACACACACACACACACACACACACACAUUCUUGUACUUGUUGCUUUUUGAGGUCCACCUUGCAGUUCAGCUGCUUGUACACACAGUUAAUAUGUGUCUGCUUCGCCACCUAUCUCCACCCACAAACUUUGAGCUACAGAAACCAUUCUGGGCUUCUAAAAUUCAGCUCAUUGAAGAUAUUAUGGGGUGUUUUGAGGAUUGUGAUAAUAAAUUGUAUUAAUGUGUUUAGCAGAGUCUUGUGUUCUCACAAGCUCCUUAUCAGGAAUAGAUACAGAGGAUGAGCAUCAGGGCCUACUUGGAGUCAUGUUUCCUUAGCUUCAAGCCUUCUUUCUCCUGCUAUAGUUAUGCAUCCAAGGUCCCCAUGGCAACCAAUUAGUGCACCUGGAGACACACAGCUGACUGGAAAGCUGCUUCUAAUGGCCAUAUGAGACACAUGAAGCCAGGCUCAGCACACAUAGCACUGGGGAUGACACUUAAAACCCUUUACUAGAGCGCUUGAAAAAACUUCAGCCCCUAUCUCCUCACAUGACCUUUGACCUACAGAAACCAUUCAGGGCUUUAAAAUUUGAGCUCAUUGAGGACAUUAUGGGGUGUAUUUAGGAUUUAUAUACAUUUAGAUUUUUCACAUUUUAAAGUCACUCAGUGAUGAUUUAUCAUUUAAUUUUUCAAACUAAUUUGAACUGAUUCAAACUGAUUCAAACCUUUCUAAUACUUAAAAAAUUAAACUUAUGGCACUUCUCACCUUCCUGCCUUUUAAGGCAAUUUCCUUCUUCAUUCAAACUUUGUGCAAUUUUAGACAUUUUUCUAGCCUCUUUCAGCAUGAAUAAAAUUUCUUUUUAUAGAGCAUAUUCAUACUAUUUGUCCUUCAACCAAUUAAUCAAUUAUCCAACUUACAUUUCUUUCACAACCCUUAGACAGCUUUAACAUUUAUACAUUUCUCCAUGUUUUAUUAGCAGUUUUGCAUUGCUUUUUCAGCUUUCAGCACUCAGCAUUUCCACGCAUUUUCUGCAAGGAAAUGCAAUUUUUCUAGUUAAGUGGAAAUGCUGACACAGCAUUUCCACUUAUUGUUAUUCUACUAUUUCUUUAUUAUUAUUAUUCUUCCGUACCUUUUUUGGCCCUUUUCAACUCCUCACCACUUUGUGCUAUUUUCACCAUUCAAACUUUAUACUAAUGCACUCCUUCAGGACAUUACGGCUAUUACUUUUCACCUUUCUACCAUUUAUACUUUUUGCAAUAUUUCACUUUUUCUGCAAAAUUUGUUCCAUUACAAAUGAAUGGAGAUACAGCUAUAACACCUUCUCACCCUUAUAACUUCUGCAUACUUUCACCUACAGACCUCAUUUUUGCUUUAAAAUGUUCAGCAACGUGUCUGCUACAAAUGUUGUAUUCACUCCUUUUUGCUAUUUCCUACCGUUUUUGCACAAUUUCGCUUGGAGCAACAUGAAGUUCUCUGCCUUUUUCAGCCUGACUCACGCUACAGCGUGUGACGUCAGAUGUUACGUCACCGCUAGAUGCGGGCGGGGCCUUUUGGAUUCACUACACCAAGCAUGAUUAUUUUGCUGCUGCGGCCGCAAUUUUCACUCCACAGCCAUAAAAAACACAUCAAAAUGGAGGUACACUCGUCCUGCUUCUCACAAAAUCGGUCUGAAGUCAUGAAAUUGUACAGCUUGCCCAGGAGGUGAGUACAUUCCUUCAGAGCCAGAGAUUCUGCACUUGUCAUGGGCUGUCUGCUUCGAUCGCACACGCACAUGCACACGCACGGACUCGGCCGCUCGUGCGCGCGCGGGCACACACACACACACACACACACACACACACACACACACACACUGUUUCCAUGAGUGCAUUACUUUCUCUGUUACUAUCUCUCUGUCAGAUUCUGCACUUGUCAUGGGCUGUGUGCUUCGAUCGCACACGCACGGACUUGGCCGCUCGUGCGCGCGCGGGCACACACACAUACACACACACUGUUUCCAUGAGUGCAUUACUGUGUCUCUUUCUCUCUUACUGUCUCUGUCAGAUUCUGCACUUGUCAUGGGCUGUGUGCUUCGAUCACACACGCAUAUGCACACGCACGGGCUCGGCCGCGCGCGCGCGCGGGCACACACACACACACACACACACACACACACACUGUUUCCAUGUGUGCAUUACUCUCUCUCUGUCAGUAGAAAAUACAGCCCCAAUAUGAACUUUGUUGUUACAGUUCUUGUCUUUAACUCUUUUAACAUACUAACUUCUUCUUUUUCUUCUACUUCUGCUUUUCUUUUCUAUACUUUCUACAUUUAUACAAUUAAUUUAACUUCAGCUGUUUCAUACUUUCUGCAUUCAGAUGUAGGGCAGUAACUGAAGCAGGGCAAUAGAUGGUGCUGUUCUGCAUUCUCAAGUUACUAUGGUUGGAUGCUGCAGACUGCAAAAAUCUGUUUUACUAUUUGUACAUUUAAUAGGAACAUUGUUACACAUUGUUUAAAGGCAUUUGUUUUUCAAAUUCAAUUAUCCAUAUCAGUUCUGUUUAUUCACAUCAAUCAUAUACAUUUUUCACUUAGGCUAUCAGACAAUUUGUACAUUAAUCCAACUAAUUUACCUCCAGCUAUACUACAAUUCUUCCAUUCAUACAAUUUCUUCUUCUUCUACUCCACCUUUUCUACAGUUUUUCCGUUUAUACCUUCCUCCAUUUUUUAUUGGCAGUUUUGCAUUGCUUUUUCAGCUUUCAGCACUCAGCAUUUCCACGCAUUUUCUGCAAGGAAAUGCAAUUUCUAGUUUCUAUUAUUAUUAUUAUUAUUCUUCCGUACCUUUUUUGGCCCUUUUCAACUCCUUACCACUUUGUGCUAUUUUCACCAUUCAAACUUUAUACUAAUGCACUCCUUCAGGACAUUACGGCUAUUACUUUUCACCUUUCUACCAUUUAUACUUUUUGCAAUAUUUCACUUUUUCUGCAAAAUUUGUUCCAUUACAAAUGAAUGGAGAUACAGCUAUAACACCUUCUCACCCUUAUAACUUCUGCAUACUUUCACCUACAGACCUCAUUUUUGCUUUAAAAUGUUCAGCAACUGUCUGCUACAAAUGUUGUAUUCACUCCUUUUUGCUAUUUCCUACCGUUUUUGCACAAUUUCGCUUGGAGCAACAUGAAGUCUUCUGCCUUUUUCAGCCUGACUCACGCUACAGCGUCAGAUGACGUCAUACUAGAUGCGGGCGGGGCCUUUUGGAUUCACUAGACCAAGCGUGAUUAUUUUGCUGCCGCGGCCGCAAUUUUCACUCCACAGCCAUAAAAAACACAUCAAAAUGGAGGUACACUCGUCCUGCUUCUCACAAAAUCGGUCUGAAGUCAUGAAAUUGUACAGCUUGCCCAGGAGGUGAGUACAUUCCUUAGGAGCCAGAGAUUCUGCACUUGUCAUGGGCUGUGUGCUUCGAUCGCACACGCACGGACUUGGCCGCUCGUGCGCGCGCGCACACACACACACACACACACACACUGUUUCCAUGAGUGUAUUACUGUCUCUCUUUCUCUCUUACUGUCUCUCUGUCAGAUUCUGCACUUGUCAUGGGCUGUGUGCUUCGAUCACACACGCACAUGCACACGCACGGGCUCGGCCGCGCGCGCGCGCGGGCAAACACACACACACACACACUGUUUCCAUGUGUGCGUUACUGUCUCUCUGUCAGUAGAAAAUACAGCCCCAAUAUGAACUUUGUUGUUACAGUUCUUGUCUUUAACUCUUUUAACAUACGAACUUCUUCUUUUUCUUCUACUUCUGCUUUUCUUUUCUAUACUUUCUACAUUUAUACAAUUAAUUUAACUUCAGCUGUUUCAUACUUUCUACAUUCAGAUGUAGGGCAGUAACUGAAGCAGGGCAAUAGAUGGUGCUGUUCUGCAUUCUCAAGUUACUAUGGUUGGAUGCUGCAGACUGCAAAAAUCUGUUUUACUAUUUGUACAUUUAAUAGGAACAUUGUUACACAUUGUUUAAAGGCAUUUGUUUUUCAAAUUCAAUUAUCCAUAUCAGUUCUGUUUAUUCACAUCAAUCAUAUACAUUUUUCACUUAGGCUAUCAGACAAUUUGUACAUUAAUCCAACUAAUUUACCUCCAGCUAUACUACAAUUCUUCCAUUCAUACAAUUUCUUCUUCUUCUACUCCACCUUUUCUACAGUUUUUCCGUUUAUACCUUCCUCCAUUUUUUAUUGGCAGUUUUGCAUUGCUUUUUCAGCUUUCAGCACUCAGCAUUUCCACGCAUUUUCUGCAAGGAAAUGCAAUUUUUCUAGUUAAGUGGAAAUGCUGAUUAAGCAUUUCCACUUAUUAAGUGGAAAUGCUGAUAGGCAUUUCCACUUAUUGUUAUUCUCCUGUUUCUUUAUUAUUAUUAUUAUUAUUUUUCUUCCGCCAUUUUUUGGCACUUUAUAACUCUUCUCCACUUUGUGCGAUUUCAACCGUUCAAACUUUAAACUAUUCCUCUCCUUCAGGACAUGACGGCGAUUACUUUUCACUUUUCUACCCUUUAUACUUUUUGAUUUUUUUAACUUUUUGUGCAAAAAUUUUAACAUUGAAGUCAAUGGGGAAAUCUUCCAAUUCUUCCUUUUUUCUUCCACCUUCUAACCUUAUAACUUCAGCAUACUUUCACCUAGAGACCUCAUUUUUGCUUUAAAAUGUUCAUUCACUUGUCGACUAUUAUAGUUGUACUCAGUUUUUUGAUAUCUUUUACAGUUUUUCCACAAUUUAGCUUUAAGCAACUUGUGGUUUUCAGCAAAUUUCAAGCUUUAUAAUGGGUGUGUAUUGGAGAGUUUAGAGUGAUGAUGUCAUCAGCUAGAGUGCAGACCUCGUCUCUGAUCGACAGAACCUCGCUCGAAUAUAUCGCUCCCACGCCCACAAAUCUCACUCCACUGACACAAAUAAUACAUCAAAAUGGAGGAUAUGUGUCCUGCUUCUCACAAAAGAGGUUUCAAAUCAUUAAAUCGUACCCCUUGGCCAGCAGGUGACCAAGUGUCCAAAAAAGGCGGAAAUCUCUCCCAUUGACUGUAAUGUUAUUUUUCUCCAAGAAAAUCCGGAUCAUCGCUCAGGCUCAGACUUUUUUAACUCGCUGUUGUGGCCUCAUUUUUCGAAGUACAGACAUGAAAAACACAUCAUUGUGUUCAUGAAGGACGGAGGAUUCGUACGAUGUUCUUAUUUUCAUUCUGGGACUUAAGGAAAUCACGCUAUGUGAAGAAGUUCACAGGCUGAAAUUCACUGCAGUUCAGCACCUCUCAGUCAAACAGUAGGUUAGUGAUUUGCCUUUGAUCUCACAGCUGUUUAGGAUGCAGUCAUUAACGAGACACACACACACACACACGCACACACAUUCUUGUACUUGUUGCUUUUUGAGGUCCACCUUGCAGUUCAGCUGCUUGUACACACAGUUAAUAUGUGUCUGCUUCACCACCUAUCUCCACCCACAAACUUUGAGCUACAGAAACCAUUCUGGGCUUGAAAAAUUCAGCUCAUUGAAGAUAUUAUGGGGUGUUUUGAGGAUUGUGAUAAUAAAUUGUAUUAAUGUGUUCAGCAGAGUCUUGUGUUCUCACAAGCUCCUUAUGAAUAUAUACAGAGGGUGAGCGUCAGGGCCUACUUGGAGUCCUGUUUCUUUAGCUUCAAGCCUUCUUUCUCCUGCUAUAGUUAUGCAUCCAAGGUCCCCAUGGCAACCAAUUUGUGCACCUGGAGACACACAGCUGACUGGAAAGCUGCUUCUAGUGGCCAUAUGAGACACAUGAAGCCAGGCUCAGUACACAUAGCACUUGGGAUGACACUUAAAACCCUUUCCUAGAGCGUUGGAAAAAACUUCAGCCCCUAUCUCCUCACAUGACCUUUGACCUACAGAAACCAUUCAGGGCUUUGAAAUUUAAGCUCAUUGAGGACAUUAUUGGGUGUAUUUAGGAUUGUUAUUCAUUUAAAUUUUUCACAUUUUAAAAGUCAGUCAGUGAUGAUUUAUCAUUUAAUUUUUCAAACUAAUUUAAACUCAUUCAAACUGAUUCAAACCUUUCUAAUACUUCAAAACUUUCUGAUACUUGAGGACUUUUGAUAAUUUAAAAUUUCCCUGUUUUAAAUUAGUUUUAAUAUUUAUGCAUUACUCCAUCAUUCAAACAAAAUCCUACCUCAAGUACGACAACUACUGCUAAUGUCAAUUGAACUAGAACUUUCCCCUCUACUUCAACUGCUAUUGCUCCUAUUUCUACUUUCUUUACUACUUUGACUUAUACUUCUUUUAUUCUCAAUCUACUUCUACUGCUGACAUGACUACUAGUAUCACAACUUGACUUCUUAUCAUACUACUUCUAGUACUACAAUUUAAACUUAUGCCACUUCUCACCUUCCUGCCUUUUAAGGCAAUUUCCUUCUUUAUUCAAACUUUGUGCAAUUUUCGACAUUUUUCUAGCCUCUUUCAGCAUGAAUAAAAUUUCCUUUUAUAGAGCAUAUUCAUACUAUUUGUCCUUCAACCAAUUAAUCAAUUAUCCAACUUAUAUUUCUGUUCACCCCUUCAACAGCUUUAACAUUUAUACCUUUCUCCAUGUUUUAUUAGCAGUUUAGCAUUGCUUUUUCAGCUUCAGCACUCAGCAUUUCCACGCAUUUUCUGCAAGGAAAUGCAAUUUUUCUAGUUGUUAUCCUGUUCUUUAUUAUUAUUAUUUUUCUUCCGCCGUUUUUUGGACCGCUUCUCCUCCUUCAAACUUUGUCCGAUUUCAACCGUUCAAACUUUAAACUAUUCCACUCCUUCAGGACAUGAUGGCUAUUACUUUUCUCUUUUCUACCCUUUAUACUUUUUUGAUUUUUUUAACUUUUUGUGCAAAAAUUUUAACAUUGGAGUCAAUGGGGAAAUCUUCCACUUCUUUCUUUUUUUCUUCCACCUUCUAGACCUUAUAACUCUAGCAUACUUUCACCUAGAGACCUCAUUUUUGCUUUAAAAUGUUCAUUCACUUGUCGACUAUUAUAGUUGUACUCAGUUUUUUGAUAUCUUUUACAGUUUUUCCACAAUUUAGCUUUAAGCAACUUGUGGUUUUCAGCAAAUUUCAAGCUUUAUAAUGGGUGUGUAUUGGAGAGUUUAGAGUGAUGAUGUCAUCAGCUAGAGUGCAGACCUCGUCUCUGAUCGACAGAACCUCGCUCGAAUAUAUCGCUCCCACGCCCACAAAUCUCACUCCACUGACACAAAUAAUACAUCAAAAUGGAGGUAUAUGUGUCCUGCUUCUCACAAAAGAGGUUUCAAAUCAUUAAAUCCUACCCCUUGGCCAGCAGGUGACCAACUGUCCAAAAAAGGCGGAAAUCUCUCCCAUUGACCAUAAUGUUAUUUUUCUCCAGGAAAAUCCGGAUCAUCGCUCAGGCUCAGACUUUUUUAACUCGCUGUUGUGGCCUCAUUUUUCGAAGUACAGACAUGAAAAACACAUCAUUGUGUUCAUGAAGGACGGAGGAUUCGUACGAUGUUCUUAUUUUCAUUCUGGGACUUAAGGAAAUCACGCUAUGUGAAGAAGUUCACAGGCUGAAAUUCACUGCAGUUCAGCGGCUCUCAGUCAAACAGUAGGUUAGUGAUUUGCCUUUGAUCUCACAGCUGUUUAGGAUGCAGUCAUUAACGAGACACACACACACACACGCACACACAUUCUUGUACUUGUUGCUUUUUGAGGUCCACCUUGCAGUUCAGCUGCUUGUACACACAGUUAAUAUGUGUCUGCUUCACCACCUAUCUCCACCCACAAACUUUGAGCUACAGAAACCAUUCUGGGCUUCAAAAAUUCAGCUCAUUGAAGAUAUUAUGGGGUGUUUUGAGGAUUGUGAUAAUAAAUUGUAUUAAUGUGUUCAGCAGAGUCUUGUGUUCUCACAAGCUCCUUAUGAAUAUUUACAGAGGGUGAGCGUCAGGGCCUACUUGGAGUUCUGUUUCUUUAGCUUCAAGCCUUCUUUCUCCUGCUAUAGUUAUGCAUCCAAGGUCCCCAUGGCAACCAAUUUGUGCACCUGGAGACACACAGCUGACUGGAAAGCUGCUUCUAGUGGCCAUAUGAGACACAUGAAGCCAGGCUUAGUACACAUAGCAAUUGGGAUGACACUUAAAACCCUUUCCUAGAGCGUUGGAAAAAACUUCAGCCCCUAUCUCCUCACAUGACCUUUGACCUACAGAAACCAUUCAGGGCUUUGAAAUUUAAGCUCAUUGAGGACAUUAUUGGGUGUAUUUAGGAUUGUUAUUCAUUUAAAUUUUUCACAUUUUAAAAGUCAGUCAGUGAUGAUUUAUCAUUUAAUUUUUCAAACUAAUUUAAACUCAUUCAAACUGAUUCAAACCUUUCUAAUACUUCAAAACUUUCUGAUACUUGAGGAUUUUUGAUAAUUUAAAAUUUCCCUGUUUUAAAUUAGUUUUAAUAUUUAUGCAUUACUCCAUCCUUCAAACAAAAUCCUACCUCAAGUACGACAACUACUGCUAAUGUCAAUUAAACUAGAACUUUCCCCUCUACUUCAACUGCUAUUGCUCCUAUUUCUACUUUCUUUACUACUUUGACUUAUACUUCUUUUAUUCUCAAUCUACUUCUACUGCUGACAUGACUACUAGUAUCACAACUUGACUUCUUAUCAUACUACUUCUAGUACUACAAUUUAAACUUAUGCCACUUCUCACCUUCCUGCCUUUUAAGGCAAUUUCCUUCUUCAUUCAAACUUUGUGCAAUUUUCGACAUUUUUCUAGCCUCUUUCAGCAUGAAUAAAAUUUCCUUUUAUAGAGCAUAUUCAUACUAUUUGUCCUUCAACCAAUUAAUCAAUUAUCCAACUUAUAUUUCUGUUCACCCCUUCAACAGCUUUAACAUUUAUACCUUUCUCCAUGUUUUAUUAGCAGUUUAGCAUUGCUUUUUCAGCUUUCAGCACUCAGCAUUUCCACGCAUUUUCUGCAAGGAAAUGCAAUUUUUCUAGUUAAGUGGAAAUGCUGAUUAAGCAUUUCCACUUAUUGUUAUUCUCCCGUUUCUUUAUUAUUAUUAUUCUUCCGCCGUUUUUCGUCCGCUUUCAACUCCUUCCCAGUUUGUGCGAUUUCAACCGUUCAAACUUUAAACUAUUCCACUCCUUCAGGACACGUUUGCUAUUACUUUUCACUUUUCUACCAUUUAUACUUUUUGUUUUUUUUAACUUUUUGUGCAAAAAUUUUAACAUUGAAGUCAAUGGGGAAAUCUUCCAAUUCUUCCUUUUAUUCUUCCACCUUCUAGACCUUAUAACUUCAGCAUACUUUCACCUAGAGACCUCAUUUUUGCUUUAAAAUGUUCAUUCACUUGUCGACUAUUAUAGUUGUACUCAGUUUUUUGAUAUCUCUUACAGUUUUUCCACAAUUUAGCUUUAAGCAACUUGUGGUUUUCAGCAAAUUUCAAGCUUUAUAAUGGGUGUGUAUUGGAGAGUUUAGAGUGAUGAUGUCAUCAGCUAGAGUGCAGACCUCGUCUCUGAUAGACAGAACCUCGCUCGAAUAUAUCGCUCCCACGCCCACAAAUCUCACUCCACUGACACAAAUAAUACAUCAAAAUGGAGGUAUAUGUGUCCUGCUUCUCACAAAAGAGGUUUCAAAUCAUUAAAUCGUACCCCUUGGCCAGCAGGUGACCAACUGUCCAAAAAAGGCGGAAAUCUCUCCCAUUGACUUUAAUGUUAUUUUUCUCCAAGAAAAUCCGGAUCAUCGCUCAAGCUCAGACUUUUUUAACUCGCUGUUGUGGCCUCAUUUUUCGAAGUACAGACAUGAAAAACACAUCAUUGUGUUCAUGAAGGACGGAGGAUUCGUACGAUGUUCUUAUUUUCAUUCUGGGACUUAAGGAAAUCACGCUAUGUGAAGAAAUUCACAGGCUGAAAUUCACUGCAGUUCAGCACCUCUCAGUCAAACAGUAGGUUAGUGAUUUGCCUUUGAUCUCACAGCUGUUUAGGAUGCAGUCAUUAACGAGAGACACACACACACACACACGCACACACAUUCUUGUACUUGUUGCUUUUUGAGGUCCACCUUGCAGUUCAGCUGCUUGUACACACAGUUAAUAUGUGUCUGCUUCACCACCUAUCUCCACCCACAAACUUUGAGCUACAGAAACCAUUCUGGGCUUCAAAAAUUCAGCUCAUUCAAGAUAUUAUGGGGUGUUUUGAGGAUUGUGAUAAUACAUUGUAUUAAUGUGUUCAGCAGAGUCUUGUGUUCUCACAAGCUCCUUAUGAAUAUAUACAGAGGGUGAGCGUCAGGGCCUACUUGGAGUCCUGUUUCUUUAGCUUCAAGCCUUCUUUCUCCUGCUAUAGUUAUGCAUCCAAGGUCCCCAUGGCAACCAAUUUGUGCACCUGUAGACACACAGCUGACUGGAAAGCUGCUUCUAGUGGCCAUAUGAGACACAUGAAGCCAGGCUCAGUACACAUAGCAAUUGGGAUGACACUUAAAACCCUUUCCUAGAGCGUUGGAAAAAACUUCAGCCCCUAUCUCCUCACAUGACCUUUGACCUACAGAAACCAUUCAGGGCUUUGAAAUUUAAGCUCAUUGAGGACAUUAUUGGGUGUAUUUAGGAUUGUUAUUCAUUUAAAUUUUUCACAUUUUAAAAGUCAGUCAGUGAUGAUUUAUCAUUUAAUUUUUCAAACUAAUUUAAACUCAUUCAAACUGAUUCAAACCUUUCUAAUACUUAAAUAUUAAACUUAUGCCACUUCCCACCUUCCUGCCUUUUAAGGCAAUUUCCUUCUUCAUUCAAACUUUGUGCAAUUUUAGACAUUUUUCUAGCCUCUUUCAGCAUGAAUAAAAUUUCUUUUUAUAGAGCAUAUUCAUACUAUUUGUCCUUCAACCAAUUAAUCAAUUAUCCAACUUACAUUUCUUUCACACCCCUUGAACAGCUUUAACAUUUAUACAUUUCUCCAUGUUUUAUUAGCAGUUUAGCAUUGCUUUUUCAGCUUUCAGCACUCAGCAUUUCCACGCAUUUUCUGCAAGGAAAUGCAAUUUUUCUAGUAUUAUACUUAACACUCUCCCCAUACGUUUCUUUGGACCGCUUCUCCUCCUUCAAACUUUGUCCGAUUUCAACCGUUCAAACUUUAAACUAUUCCACUCCUUCAGGACAUGAUGGCUAUUACUUUUCUCUUUUCUAUCCUUUAUACUUUUUAUUAUUUUUCACUUUUUGUGACAAACUUUUUUUCCCAUAGAAAUGAAUGGGGAAAUCUUCCAAUUCUUCCUGUUAUUCGUCCACCUUCUAAGUCUUAUAACUUCAGCAUACUUUCACCUAGAGACCUCAUUUUUGCUUUAAAAUGUUCAUUGUCUUGUCGACUAUUGAUGUUGUAUUAACCUUUUUGUGCCAUCUUUUACAGUUUUUCCACAAUUUAGCUUUAUGUAACUUGUGGUUUUCAGCAGAUUUCAGGCUUUAUAAUAGGGGUGUAUUGGAGAGGCUAGAGUGAUGAUUUGAAAAGCUAGAGUGCAGACCUCGUCUCUGAUCGACAAAACCUCGCUCGAAUAUAUCGCUCCCACGCCCACAAAUCUCACUCCACACCCAUAAAAAAUACAUCAAAAUGGAGGUAUAUGUGUCCUGCUUCUCACAAAAGAGGUUUCAAAUCAUUAAAUCGUACCCCUUGGCCAGCAGGUGACCAACUGUCCAAAAAAGGCAGAAAUCUCUCCCAUUGACCGUAAUGUAUUUCUUCUCCAAAAAAAUCCUUAUCCCCACUCAGGCUCAGACUUUUUUAACUCGCUGUUGUGGCCACAUUUUUCGGAGUACAGACAUGAAAAAGACAUCAUUGUGUUCAUGAAGGGCGGAGGAUUCGUACGAUGUUCUUAUUUUCAUUCUGGGACUUAAGGAAAUCACGCUAUGUGAAGAAGUUUAGAGCCUCUAAAUCCUCUGCAGUUCAGCUGCUUCUCAUUCAAACAGUAACCAAUUUGUGCACCUGGAGACACACAGCUGACUGGAAAGCUGCUUCUAAUGGCCAUAAGAGACACAUGAAGCCAGGCUCAGUACACAUAGCACUGGGGAUGACACUUAAAACCCUUUCCUAGAGCGCUUGAAAAACCUUCAGCCCCUAUCUCCUCACAUGACCUUUGACCUACAGAAACCAUUCAGGGCUUUAAAAUUUAAGCUCAUUAAUUUUUCAAACUAAAAAAUUCAGCACUCAGCAUUUCCACGCAUUUUCUGCAAGGAAAUGCAAUUUUUCUAGUAUUAUACUUAACACUCUCCCCAUACGUUUCUUUGGACCGCUUCUCCUCCUUCAAACUUUGUCCGAUUUCAACCGUUCAAACUUUAAACUAUUCCACUCCAUCAGGACAUGUGUGCUUGUAUUUUUUUCCUUUCUAUCCUUUGUACUUUUUAUUAUUUUUCACUUUUUGUUCCAAACUUUUUUCCCAUAGAAAUGAAUGGGGAAAUCUUCCAAUUCUUCCUGUUAUUCGUGCACCUUCUAAGCCUUAUAACUUCAGCAUACUUUCACCUAGAGACCUCAUUUUUGCUUUGAAAUGUUCAUUGUCUUGUCGACUAUUGAUGUUGUAUUAACCUUUUUGUGCUAUCUUUUACAGUUUUUCCACAAUUUAGAUUUAUGCAACUUGUGGUUUUCAGCUAAUUUCAGGCUUUAUAAUAGGGGUGUAUUGGAGAGGCUAGAGUGAUGAUUUGAAAAGCUAGAGUGCAGACCUCGUCUCUGAUCGACAGAACCUCGCUCGAAUAUAUCGCUCCCACGCCCACAAAUCUCACUCCACAGCCAUAAAAAAUACAUCAAAAUGGAGGUAUAUGUGUCCUGCUUCUCACAAAAGAGGUUUCAAAUCAUUAAAUCCUACCCCUUGGCCAGCAGGUGACCAACUGUCCAAAUAGGCGGAAAACUGUCCCCAUUGGCCCUAAUGUCUUUUUCUCCAAGAAAAUCCUUAUCGCCACUGAGGCUCAGACUUUUUUAACUCGCUGUUGUGGCGACAUUUUUCGGAGUACAGACAUGAAAAACACAUCAUUGUGUUCAUGAAGGGCGGAGGAUUUGUACGAUGUUCUUAUUUUCAUUCUGGGACUUAAGGAAAUCGUGCUAUGUGAAGAAGUUCAGAACCCUAAAUUCACUGCAGUUCAGCAGCUUCUCCAUUCAAACAAUAGGUCAGUUCAUGGCUUUGAUCUUACAGCUGUUUAGGAUGCCGUCAUUAACGAGACACACACACACACACACACAUUCUUGUACUUGUUGCUUUAUGAGGUCUACCUUGCAGUUCAGCUGCUUGUACACACAGUUAAUAUGUGUCUGCUUCACCACCUAUCUCCACCCACAAACUUUGAGCUACAGAAACCAUUCUGGGCUUCAAAAAUUCAGCUCAUUGAAGAUAUUAUGGGGUGUUUUGAGGAUUGUGAUAAUAAAUUGUAUUAAUGUGUUCAGCAGAGUCUUGUGUUCUCACAAGCUCCUUUUCAGGAAUAGAUACAGAGGAUGAGCGUCAGGGCCUACUUGGAGUCCUGUUUCCUUAGCUUCAAGCCUUCUUUCUCCUGCUAUAGUUAUGCAUCCAAGGUCCCCAUGGCAACCAAUUUGUGCACCUGGAGACACACAGCUGACUGGAAAGCUGCUUCUAAUGGCCAUAUGAGACACAUGAAGCCAGGCUCAGUACACAUAGCACUGGGGAUGACACUUAAAACCCUUUCCUAGAGCGCUUGAAAAAACUUCAGCCCCUAUCUCCUCACAUGACCUUUGACCUACAGAAACCAUUCAGGGCUUUAAAAUUUAAGCUCAUUGAGGACAUUAUGGGGUGUAUUCAGGAUUUAUAUUCAUUUAAAUUUUUCACAUUUUAAAGUCACUCAGUGAUGAUUUAUCAUUUAAUUUUUCAAACUAAUUUAAACUCAUUCAAACUGAUUCAAACCUUUCUAAUACUUAAAAACUUUCUGAAACUUGAGGAUUUUAAUUAUUGAAAUUUUCCCUGUUUUAUAUUAGUUUUAAUAUUUAUGCAUUAUUCCGUCCUUCAAACAAAAUCCUACCUCUAGUACUACAACUACUUAAUGUCAAUUAAACUAGAACUUUCCCCUCUACUUCAACUGCUAUUGCUCCUAUUUCUACUUUCUUUACUACUUUGACUCAUACUUCUUUUAUUCUCAAACUACUUCUACUGCUGACAUGACUACUAGUAUCACGACUUGACUUCUUAUCAUACUACUUCUAGUACUACAACUUAAACUUAUGCCACUUCUCACCUUCCUGCCUUUUAAGGCAAUUUCCUUCUUCAUUCAAACUUUGUGCAAUUUUAGACAUUUUUCUAGCCUCUUUCAGCAUGAAUAAAAUUUCCUUUUAUAGAGCAUAUUCAUACUAUUUGUCCUUCAACCAAUUAAUCAAUUAUCCAACUUACAUUUCUUUCUCACCCCUUCAACAGCUUUAACAUUUAUACCUUUCUCCAUGUUUUAUUAGCAGUUUAGCAUUGCUUUUUCAGCUUUCAGCACUCAGCAUUUCCACGCAUUUUCUGCAAGGAAAUGCAAUUUUUCUAGUAUUAUACUUAACACUCUCCCCAUACGUUUCUUUGGACCGCUUCUCCUCCUUCAAACUUUGUCCGAUUUCAACCGUUCAAACUUUAAACUAUUCCACUCCAUCAGGACAUGAUGGCUAUUACUUUUCUCUUUUCUACCCUUUAUACUUUUUAUUAUUUUUCACUUUUUGUCUCAAACUUUUUUUCCCAUAGAAAUGAAUGGGGAAAUCUUCCAAUUCUUCUUUUUCUUCUUCCACCUUCUAAGCCUUAUAACUUCAGCAUACUUUCACCUAGAGACCUCAUUUUUGCUUUAAAAUGUUCAUUCACUUGUCGACUAUUGAUGUUGUAUUAACUUUUUUGUGCUAUCUUCUACAGUUUUCCCACAAUUUAGCUUUAAGCAACUUGUGGUUUUCAGCAAAUUUCAAGCUUUAUAAUGGGUGUGUAUUGGAGAGGCUAGAGUGAUGAUUUGAAAAGCUAGAGUGCAGACCUCGUCUCUGAUCGACAGAACCUCGCUCGAAUAUAUCGCUCCCACGCCCACAAAUCUCACUCCACAGCCAUAAAAAAUACAUCAAAAUGGAGGUAUAUGUGUCCUGCUUCUCACAAAAGAGGUUUCAAAUCAUUAAAUCGUACCCCUUGGCCAGCAGGUGACCAACUGUCCAAAUAGGCGGAAAUCUCUCCCCAUUAGACCUAAUGUAUUUCUUCUCCAAGAAAAUCCUUAUCCCCACUCAGGCUCAGACUUUUUUAACUCGCUGUUGUGGCCACAUUUUUCGGAGUACAGACAUGAAAAACACAUCAUUGUGUUCAUGAAGGACGGAGGAUUCGUACGAUGUUCUUAUUUUCAUUCUGGGACUUAAGGAAAUCACGCUAUGUGAAGAAGUUCAGAGGCUAUAAAUCCUCUGCAGUUCAGCACCUCUCAGUCAAACAGUAGGUCAGUGAUUUGCCUUUGAUCUCACAGCUGUUUAGGAUGCAGUCAUUAACGAGACACACACACACACACACACACACACACACACACACACACACACACAUUCUUGUACUUGUUGCUUUGUCAGGUCUACCUUGCAGUUCAGCUGCUUGUACACACAGUUAAUAUGUGUCUGCUUCACCACCUAUCUCCACCCACAAACUUUGAGCUACAGAAACCAUUCUGGGCUUGAAAAAUUCAGCUCAUUGAAGAUAUUAUGGGGUGUUUUGAGGAUUGUGAUAAUAAAUUGUAUUAAUGUGUUCAGCAGAGUCUUGUGUUCUCACAAGCUCCUUAUCAUGAAUAUAUACAGAGGAUGAGCGUCAGGGCCUACUUGGAGUCCUGUUUCUUUAGCUUCAAGCCUUCUUUCUCCUGCUAUAGUUAUGCAUCCAAGGUCCCCAUGGCAACCAAUUUGUGCACCUGGAGACACACAGCUGACUGGAAAGCUGCUUCUAAUGGCCAUAUGAGACACAUGAAGCCAGGCUCAGUACACAUAGCACUGGGGAUGACACUUAAAACCCUUUCCUAGAGCGCUUGAAAAAACCUAAGCCCGUAUCUCCUCACAUGACCUUUGACCUACAGAAACCAUUCAGGGCUUUAAAAUUUAAGCUCAUUGAGGACAUUAUGGGGUGUAUUCAGGAUUUAUUUUCAUUUAAAUUUUUCACAUUUUAAAGUCACUCAGUGAUGAUUUAUCAUUUAAUUUUUCAAACUAAUUUAAACUCAUUCAAACUGAUUCAAACCUUUCUAAUACUUCAAAACUGAUACUUGAGGAUUUUUAAGUAUUUAAAUUUUCCAUGUUUUAAAUUAGUUUUAAUAUUUAUGCAUUACUCCAUCCUUCAAACAAAAUCCUACCUCAAGUACGACAACUACUGCUAAUGUCAAUUAAACUAGAACUUUCCCCUCUACUUCAACUGCUAUUGCUCCUAUUUCUACUUUCUCUACUUCACUGCUAUUGCAUACUUCUUUUAUUCUCAAACUACUUCUACUGCUGACAUGACUACUAGUAUCACGACUUGACUUCUUAUCAUACUACUUCUAGUACUACAACUUAAACUUAUGCCACUUCUCACCUUCCUGCCUUUUAAGGCAAUUUCCUUCUUCAUUCAAACUUUGUGCAAUUUUAGACAUUUUUCUAGCCUCUUUCAGCAUGAAUAAAAUUUCCUUUUAUAGAGCAUAUUCAUACUAUUUGUCCUUCAACUUACUAUACUUCUUUUUCACCCCUUCAACAGCUUUAACAUUUAUACCUUUCUCCAUGUUUUAUUAGCAAUUUAGCAUUGCUUUUUCAGCUUUCAGCACUCAGCAUUUCCACGCAUUUUCUGCAAGGAAAUGCAACUUUUCUAGUUAAACUUAUUAUUUUUCUUCCGUACCUUUUUUGGACCGCUUCUCCUCCUUCAAACUUUGUCCGAUUUCAACCGUUCAAACUUUAAACUAUUCCACUCCUUCAGGACAUGAUGCUUGUAUUUUUUUCUUUCUAUCCUUUUAUACUUUUUAUUUUUUAACUUUUUGUGCAAAAAUUUUCCCAUUGAAGUCAAUGGGGAAAUCUUCCAUUCUUCCUUUUAUUCUUCCACCUUCUAAGCCUUAUAACUUCAGCAUACUUUCACCUAGAGACCUCAUUUUUGCUUUAAAAUGUUCAUUCACUUGUCGACUAUUAAUGUUGUAUUCAGUUUUUUGUGCUAUCUUUACAGUUUUUCCACAAUUUAGCUUUAUGCAACUUGUGGUUUUCAGCAAAUUUCAGGCUUUAUAAUGGGUGUGUAUUGGAGAGUUUAGAGUGAUGAUGUCAUCAGCUAGAGUGCAGACCUCGUCUCUGAUCGACAGAACCUCGCUCGAAUAUAUCGCUCCCACGCUCACAAAUCUCACUCCACACCCAUAAAAAAUACAUCAAAAUGGAGGUAUAUGUGUCCUGCUUCUCACAAAAGAGGUUUCAAAUCAUUAAAUCUUACCCCUUGGCCAGCAGGUGACCAACUGUCCAAAAAAGGCGGAAAUCUCUCCCCAUUAGACCUAAUGUAUUUCUUCUCCAAGAAAAUCCGGAUCAUCGCUCAGGCUCAGACUUUUUUAACUCGCUGUUGUGGCCUCAUUUUUCGAAGUACAGACAUGAAAAAGACAUCAUUGUGUUCAUGAAGGACGGAGGAUUCGUACAAUGUUCUUAUUUUCAUUCUGUGACUUAAGGAAAUCACGCUAUGUGAAGAAGUUUAGAGCCUCUAAAUCCUCUGCAGUUCAGCUGCUUCUCAUUCAAACAGUAGGUCAGUGAUUUGCCUUUGAUCUCACAGCUGUUUAGGAUGCAGUCAUUAACGAGACACACACACACACACACACACACACACAUUCUUGUACUUGUUGCUUUAUGAGGUCUACCUUGCAGUUGAGCUGCUUGUACACACAGUUAAUAUGUGUCUGCUUCACCACCUAUCUCCACCCACAAACUUUGAGCUACAGAAACCAUUCUGGGCUUCUAAAAUUCAGCUCAUUGAAGAUAUUAUGGGGUGUUUUGAGGAUUGUGAUAAUAAAUUGUAUUAAUGUGUUCAGCAGAGUCUUGUGUUCUCACAAGCUCCUUAUCAUGAAUAUAUACAGAGGAUGAGCGUCAGGGCCUACUUGGAGUCCUGUUUCCUUAGCUUCAAGCCUUCUUUCUCCUGCUAUAGUUAUGCAUCCAAGGUCCCCAUGGCAACCAAUUUGUGCACCUGGAGACACACAGCUGACUGGAAAGCUGCUUCUAUGGCCAUAUGAGACACAUGAAGCCAGGCUCAGUACACAUAGCACUGGGGAUGACACUUAAAACCCUUUACUAGAGCGCUUGAAAAAACUUCAGCCCCUAUCUCCUCACAUGACCUUUGACCUACAGAAACCAUUCAGGGCUUUAAAAUUUGAGCUCAUUGAGGACAUUAUGGGGUGUAUUUAGGAUUUAUAUUCAUUUAGAUUUUUCACAUUUUAAAGUCACUCAGUGAUGAUUUAUCAUUUAAUUUUUCAAACUAAUUUGAACUGAUUCAAACUGAUUCAAACCUUUCUAAUACUUAAAAAAUUAAACUUAUGCCACUUCUCACCUUCCUGCCUUUUAAGGCAAUUUCCUUCUUCAUUCAAACUUUGUGCAAUUUUAGACAUUUUUCUAGCCUCUUUCAGCAUGAAUAAAAUUUCUUUUUAUAGAGCAUAUUCAUACUAUUUGUCCUUCAACCAAUUAAUCAAUUAUCCAACUUACAUUUCUUUCUCACCCCUUCAACAGCUUUAACAUUUAUACCUUUCUCCAUGUUUUAUUAGCAGUUUAGCAUUGCUUUUUCAGCUUUCAGCACUCAGCAUUUCCACGCAUUUUCUGCAAGGAAAUGCAAUUUUUCUAGUAUUAUACUUAACACUCUCACCAUACGUUUCUUUGGACCGCUUCUCCUCCUUCAAACUUUGUCCGAUUUCAACCGUUCAAACUUUUAACUAUUCCACUCCUUCAGGACAUGAUGGCUAUUACUUUUCUCUUUUCUACCCUUUAUACUUUUUAUUAUUUUUCACUUUUUGUGCCAAACUUUUUUCCCAUAGAAAUGAAUGGGGAAAUCUUUCAAUUCUUCCUGUUAUUCGUCCACCUUCUAAGCCUUAUAACUUCAGCAUACUUUCACCUAGAGACCUCAUUUUUGCUUUAAAAUGUUCAUUGUCUUGUCGACUAUUGAUAUUGUAUUAACCUUUUUGUGCUAUCUUUUACAGUUUUUCCACAAUUUAGCUUUAUGCAACUUGUGGUUUUCAGCAAAUUUCAGGCUUUAUAAUAGGGGUGUAUUGGAGAGGCUAGAGUGAGGAUUUGAAAAGCUAGAGUGCAGACCUCGUCUCUGAUCGACAGAACCUCGCUCGAAUAUAUCGCUCCCACGCCCACAAAUCUCACUCCACUGACACAAAAAAUACAUCAAAAUGGAGGUAUAUGUGUCCUGCUUCUCACAAAUGAGGUUUCAAAUCAUUAAAUCCUACCCUUUAGCCAGCAGGUGACCAACUGUCCAAAUAGUCGGAAAUCUCUCUCCAUUAGACCUAAUGUACUUCUUCUCCAAGAAAAUCCUUUUCCCCACUCAGGUUCAGACUUUUUUAACUCGCUGUUGUGGCCACAUUUUUCGGAGUACAGACAUGAAAAAGACAUCAUUGUGUUCAUGAAGGACGGAGGAUUCGUACGAUGUUCUUAUUUUCAUUCUGGGACUUAAGGAAAUCACGCUAUGUGAAGAAGUUCACAGGCUGAAAUUCACUGCAGUUCAGCUGCUUCUCAUUCAAACAGUAGGUUAGUGAUUUGCCUUUGAUCUCACAGCUGUUUAGGAUGCAGUCAUUAAGGAGACACACACACACACACGCACACACAUUCUUGUACUUGUUGCUUUUUGAGGUCCACCUUGCAGUUCAGCUGCUUGUACACACAGUUAAUAUGUGUCUGCUUCACCACCUAUCUCCACCCACAAACUUUGAGCUACGGAAACCAUUCUGGGCUUCAAAAAUUCAGCUCAUUGAAGAUAUUAUGGGGUGUUUUGAGGAUUGUGAUAAUAAAUUGUAUUAAUGUGUUCAGCAGAGUCUUGUGUUCUCACAAGCUCCUUAUGAAUAUAUACAGAGGGUGAGCGUCAGGGCCUACUUGGAGUCCUGUUUCUUUAGCUUCAAGCCUUCUUUCUCCUGCUAUAGUUAUGCAUCCAAGGUCCCCAUGGCAACCAAUUUGUGCACCUGGAGACACACAGCUGACUGGAAAGCUGCUUCUAGUGGCCAUAUGAGACACAUGAAGCCAGGCUCAGUACACAUAGCACUGGGGAUGACACUUAAAACCCUUUCCUAGAGCGUUGGAAAAAACUUCAGCCCCUAUCUCCUCAUAUGACCUUUGACCUACAGAAACCAUUCAGGGCUUUGAAAUUUAAGCUCAUUGAGGACAUUAUUGGGUGUAUUUAGGAUUGUUAUUCAUUUAAAUUUUUCACAUUUUAAAACUCAGUCAGUGAUGAUUUAUCAUUUAAUUUUUCAAACUAAUUUAAACUCAUUCAAACUGAUUCAAACCUUUCUAAUACUUCAAAACUUUCUGAUACUUGAGGACUUUUAAAAAUUUAAAAUUUCCCUGUUUUAAAUUAGUUUUAAUAUUUAUGCAUUACUCCAUCAUUCAAACAAAAUCCUACCUCAAGUACGACAACUACUCCUAAUGUCAAUUAAACUAGAACUUUCCCCUCUACUUCAACUGCUAUUGCUCCUAUUUCUACUUUCUUUACUACUUUGACUUAUACUUCUUUUAUUCUCAAUCUACUUCUACUGCUGACAUGACUACUAGUAUCACGACUUGAAUUCUUAUCAUACUACUUCUAGUACUACAAUUUAAACUUAUGCCACUUCUCACCUUCCUGCCUUUUAAGGCAAUUUCCUUCUUCAUUCAAACUUUAUGCAAUUUUCGACAUUUUUCUAGCCUCUUUCAGCAUGAAUAAAAUUUCCUUUUAUAGAGCAUAUUCAUACUAUUUGUCCUUCAACCAAUUAAUCAAUUAUCCAACUUAUAUUUCUUUUUCACCCCUUCAACAGCUUUAACAUUUAUACCUUUCUCCAUGUUUUAUUAGCAGUUUAGCAUUGCUUUUUCAGCUUUCAGCACUCAGCAUUUCCACGCAUUUUCUGCAAGGAAAUGCAAUUUUUCUAGUUAAGUGGAAAUGCUGAUAGGCAUUUCCACUUAUUGUUAUUCUCCCGUUUCUUUAUUAUUAUUAAGUGGAAAUGCUGAUUAAGCAUUUCCACUUAUUGUUAUUCUCCUGUUUCUUUAAUCUUAUUAUUUUUAUUCUUCCGCCGUUUUUUGUCACGCUUCUCCUCCUUCAAACUUUGUCCGAUUUCAACCAUUCAAACUUUAAACUAUUCCACUCCUUCAGGACAUGUGUGCUUGUAUUUUUUUCCUUUCUACCUUUUAUACUUUUUGUUUUUUUUUAACUUUUUGUGCAAAAAUUUUAACAUUGAAGUCAAUGGGGAAAUCUUCCACUUCUUCCUUUUAUUCUUCCACCUUCUAGACCUUAUAACUUCAGCAUACUUUCACCUAGAGACCUCAUUUUUGCUUUAAAAUGUUCAUUCACUUGUCGACUAUUAAAGUUGUACUCAGUUUUUUGAUAUCUUGUACAGUUUUUCCACAAUUUAGCUUUAAGCAACUUGUGGUUUUCAGCAAAUUUUCAGGCUUUAUAAUGGGUGUGUAUUGGAGAGUUUAGAGUGAUGAUGUCAUCAGCUAGAGUGCAGAGCUCGUCUCUGAUCGACAGAACCUCGCUCGAAUAUAUCGCUCCCACGCUCACAAAUCUCACUCCACACCCAUAAAAAAUACAUCAAAAUGGAGGUAUAUGUGUCCUGCUUCUCACAAAAGAGGUUUCAAAUCAUGAAAUCGUACCCUUUGGCCAGCAGGUGACCAACUGUCCAAAUAGGCGGAAAUCUCUCCCCAUUAGACCUAAUGUAUUUCUUCUCCAAGAAAAUCCUUAUCCCCACUCAGGCUCAGACUUUUUUAACUCGCUGUUGUGGCCAAUUUUUCGGAGUACAGACAUGAAAAAGACAUCAUUGUGUUCAUGAAGGCCGGAGGAUUCGUACGAUGUUCUUAUUUUCAUUCUGGGACUUAAGGAAAUCACGCUAUGUGAAGAAGUUCAGAGGCUAUAAAUCCUCAGCAGUUCAGCACCUCUCAGUCAAACAGUAGGUUAGUGAUUUGCCUUUGAUCUCACAGCUGUUUAGGAUGCAAUCAUUAACGAGACACACACACACACACACACACAUUCUUGUACUUGUUGCUUUGUGAGGUCUACCUUGCAGCUCAGCUGCUUGUACACACAGGUAAUAUGUGUCUGCUUCACCACCUAUCUCCACCCACAAACUGUGAGCUACAGAAACCAUUCUGGGCUUCAAAAAUUCAGCUCAUUGAAGAUAUUAUGGGGUGUUUUGAGGAUUGUGAUAAUAAAUUGUAUGAAUGUGUUCAGCAGAGUCUUGUGUUCUCACAAGCUCCUUAUCAUGAAUAAAUAUACAGACGGUGAGCGUCAGGGUCUACUUGGAGUCCUGUUUCCUUAGCUUCAAGCCAUCUUUCUCCUGCUAUAGUUAUGCAUCCAAUGUCCCCAUGGCAACCAAUUUGUGCACCUGGAGACACACAGCUGACUGGAAAGCUGCUUCUAAUGGCCAUAUGAGACACAUGAAGCCAGGCUCAGUACACAUAGCACUGGGGAUGACACUUAAAACCCUUUCCUAGAGCGCUUGAAAAAACUUCAGCCCCUAUCUCCUCACAUGACCUUUGACCUACAGAAACCAAUCAGGGCUUUAAAAUUUAAGCUCAUUGAGGACAUUAUGGGGUGUAUUCAGGAUUUAUAUUCAUUUAUAUUUUUCACAUUUUAAAGUCACUCAGUGAUGAUUUAUCAUUUAUUUUUUUAAACUAAUUUAAACUCAUUCAAACUGAAUCAAGCCUUUCUAAUACUCUCUGAUACUUGAGGAUUUUUAAUUAUUUAAAUUUUCCCUGUUUUAAAUUAAUUUUAAUAUUUAUGCAUUACUCCAUCCUUCAAACAGUAGGUCAGUUAAUGCCUUUGAUCUUACAGCUGAUUAGGAUGCAAUCAUUAACGAGACACACACACACUCAGUCAGCCUCCUUCUCUCUAUGAGACCUUCAAGUACACACAGAAAAUAUGUGCAUGCUUGAGUCUCUCUCUCUGUCUAUGAGACCUGAACACACUUUGACCAUGUGUCUGCUUCACCACCUAUCUUCUCUCACAAACUUUGAGAUACAGAGACAUUUAGGGCUUCAAAAAUUCAGCUCAUUGAGGACAUUAUGGAGUCUACAGAGGAUUUCUAUUCAUUUAAAUUGUCCUUAAUUUAAAAUCAUUCUCAUUAUUUAUGCAUUAUUCAAUUCUUCUAAUAAAUUUAAACUCAUUCUUAUUCAAACCUCUCUGAUUCUUCAAACCUUUCUAAUACUUUAGGAUUUUCUAUUAGUUAUAUUUUCCCCACUUUAAAUCAUUUUUACUAUUCAUGCAUAUUUCAAUUCUUCAAACAAAAUCCCACUUCCACUUCUACAACUACUACUUACAUCACUUCUACUUCAACUAGUCUUGCUACUAUUAGUACUAGAAAACAAUUAAAAUGAAUUGAUUGAACCACUGCCUUUCCGUCGUGUGAAGUCUGACAUUUCCGAGUGUCCCUGAACGCCUCAAACAUUUAUACCGUGACCCACUGAUGGCUCGCGCUAACCUUCUCCGACCUCAACGAAGGUGAGUCAGAGCACAGUCUCUCUAACUUCUGAACACGUCAAACGGUGAUUUAACGUUUCAAAUGGCACUGGUUUGAGUUAUAAUCAAUGAAGAGUUCAUUCAUGAUUGAAGUGGUCGAGAUAAUGAGUUGAAAAAGCGUACGCUAACGCUGUUAGCGUCGAGUUAGCGGCGCUAGCUAGCGCCGCUAGCGUCGAGCUAGUUAAAGCUAGCAUACCUUCAGCUGUGAGGCUGAAUCAUUAGCCAGCUGAGCACAAAAUAAAGUGAAUAUGUAAGCCGCUGCGGUACUAUAAAGCAUGCCAAAUGAUGUACAGGCUGUGGAGUUUACUGACAAUGGGACUGACAAGAAUACUCAUAUUGUCAAGUAUUAACUGACUAACUAGCUAACUAAUGACGCUAGCGCCAUUGCUACAGGUUCAGUUCAUUACUGUGACUGAGUCAUUGCUGGGGAACUGGUCUGGAGACGUCAGCUGUUUAGCUCCUGGUCACUUUUUAUCAGCCAUUGUAGAUGUAUUAAAAUAUAGGCUGCAUUUAGCAAGCAUCCAGGUAUAGCACAAAUGUGAGUGGUUUUCCUUUUUUUAUGUGUCAGAAUGGACCUAGAUGGUCCUCUAUUAUUGAAGGUUUUAUUCAUGAUGGGGAUGAUAGAGAUAUUUACAUUGCAAAACAUAAAAUGAAUUCAGUAUUCAAUGUUUAACAAUAUGAAGUUCCAAUUAAUAAAUAUAUUCCAGUUGAAUUUCCCUUUAGGGAUCAAUAAAGUUCUUAUCUUAAUAUGGAGUUGAUGGAUGGAGAGUUAGCUGCCUUGAAGUUGGUGAACCUGCUCCUGGUCUGUCUCUGUCUUGCUGGCUGCUACUGAACUUCACCUUCUACUGUACCUAAUUUACCUUUGAUAACAAGCUGUUAAUUUGGAUAUUGGUGAUGUGCUAACACCACAGCAAAGAUACUUUAUCUGAGGUAUAAGUACUUUAAUACAGUAUGUAUUAUGUGUGACAUUUUCAGCUGCAGCUAACAGCCAGGUGAUCUGUUGGAGCUGUUUAGUUUUCAAUUAGCCCAACUACUGUAAUAAUGUUAGUUUUCUUUAUAGGCCUAUUGUUUUUAAUGUGCUAUCUGUCAGACAACACUAAUGUAUUGUUUCUUGUCUCAAACAAACAGAAGAUACAUCCUCACCAGUGCAUUUGUUGGUAAGUAUAAGUGUUUUGACCAAGACUGACAACAAACAAAAUAAAAAUAACUGGAUUAAUGAUUAGCUUAAUCCUGUUCAACAACAUGUCAUUCAAGAUAAUGUACAACAUAUGAUGCAUUUUUCAAGUACUGAGUUUAAAUUGAUAUGAAAUGUUGAUCUAUCUGUAACACUGUUGUAUAUCCUAUAUGAAAAUCAUAGAUGGGAUACAGUUUUUUCCUAGAAGACAAUAGUGUGCUAACAAUAUUACUACACUACUGAAUUAAUUUAUUUAAAAAAAUGCUGGCAAAAGUCUGAAUCUUGAUUGUGACAAUAAUUAAGUGAGAAAAUCAUUCAGAUAAAUUUUGAAGUGUUUUUUUGUAGUGUAUUAAAAAGUCUCUUUCCCUCCCUCUCCCCCCUCCUCCUGCCUCAACUUGUCCUCUGACCUGGGCGAAAAUCCCUUCCAACUCUGAAGUGUAAGUUCACGCUUACAGUCAGGUCCAUAAAUAUUGGGACAUCAGCAUAAUACUCAUCUCUCUGGCUGUAAACACCACCACAGUUGACUUUAAAUGAAACAAACAAGAUGUGCUUUGACUGCAGACAUUCAGCUUUAAUAUAUGGUUAUUUACAUCCACAUUAGGUGAAAGGUGUAGGAAUUAAAACAGUUUGUAUAUGUGCCUCUCACUUUCUAAGGGACCAAAAGUAUUGGGACAAACCAAAAAUCAUACAUCAAACUUUCACUUUUCAAUAUAUGGUUGCAAAUCCUUUGCUGUCUAGGACAGAUAGAUACACCAGACGCUCGGUUUCACCCCUAGUGUUGCUCUGCCAGGCCUCGACUGCAACUGUCUUCAGUUCCUGCUUGUUCUUGGUGCAUUUUCUCUUUAGUUUUAUCUUCAGCAAGUGAAAUGCACGCUCAAACGGAUUCAGGUCAGGUGAUUGACUUGGCCAUUUCAUAACAUUCCACUUAUUUGCCCUACAUCGUGCACCUGAUUUGGAUGUAAAUACCCUUAAAUUAAAGCUGAAUGUCUGCAGUCAAAGCACACCAUGUUUGUUUCAGUUCAAAUCCAUUGUGGUGGUGUUUACAGCCAGAGAGAUGAGGAUUGUGUUGACGUCCCAAUAUUUAUGGACCUGAUGGUAUAUAUAUACUUAUUGGGCAAUCACUUAAAUGUUACAUUUUUGCUCUGCAGUUUAUAAUUAUAUUUCACUGUUUUGUAUUUCACCUCAAUAACUUGCAUAAGAAAGUAAAAAGUGAAGAGGUCCUUCAUUGUGUUUGUGCAUUUUCUCUCCAUUGUAACAAACAUUUUUUACAGGCCAAGGGAGCUGCAGUAACAUCCUUUUACUAAUCAAGUGCCACAAAUUGUAGACUUUGAUAAGAAAUGAGAAAACUAAUGAUCCACAGUGAAAAGUUGUGAUUGCAGUAAACUAUAAGAUGCUGAUUUUUUUGCAACUAAAUUUAUUUACUUUUUGUCCCUGUCUUUUCUCUCCUGAACUCGAUGCUAUCUCUACUGCUGGCCCUAUUCAGUGUUGGCGACUCAGCUGUAAGUUCACAAAUAAAGUAAUUUAAAAAUGUUUACACUGUUACUUUUUUAAACAUAUCAUGUAAAAACCUGACAUUAUGUACUUAUUUGACAAACUGCAACACAUUUAUUGUAACACAAACCAUUUUAAAUAACACUUAAUUAAUUUUGCCGGCUGACUACAGUUGAAACUGCAAUGCAGUGAGAUACAAUUAAACUAAAAAUCUCUUGUCUCUAUUUUUCCAUUUUCCUUUUUGCCAACUUUGUCCUGUCUCCAAGUGCAGACCGCUUUGUGGCGACUCGACGUAAGUUCACACAGGAAUUACAUUUCAUGAGUAAUACAGUGUGCCAUUAUUCAACACAUUAUGGACCCCUCAUCAUGUCCUAACUUAACAAUUUGUUUCCUUUGAUUAUGUAAUACUCACAGUUGGAAAUGAACAGCUUGAAUGUAAUAUGCAGUACACUUAUUUGCAUUUCAUUUCCAAUCCCUGGAAAGCAAUUUAUUACUAUUAGAUUGUGGAGUUGGAAUUUUUUAACGAUGAAAAUCCAAAUAAUUACUAAUUGAAUGUGAUUCCCUCCUUUGUGCAUCUCUCAUAUUAAAAAAAACAAGCAAAUUUAAUGUUCUUUAAUAUGGAAUAGACAAUCAUUAUUUAUGCAGCCAUUGAUUUAUUUUAUUAUUCAUUUAAUCCUAUGUUUAGAUAUGUGUAUAUCCUUCUAAGGUACCUUGCAUGCUUCUGUUUACAGCUCAUGGAGGUGCUUGGCCUCAUUACUACUUUUUACAUUGUUGGAAUACUUAAAACACAGUAAAGGAAAUUACCUUCUCCAAAAUACAUAAUAUUUUAUCAGCAGAGUAAUCCAUUGUUACUUUUGCUUAGCAGGACAUGGUUAUGAACAUUAUAAAGGGAACUUAAAGUACUUAAAGAGUCUAAAAUACACAGGGAUAAUAGAACUUUUUGUAAAAUACUUUGAGGUCCUAAAUUUAAAAAGGUGGCUCUGUGGUUGGAUUCAAGUUUGACUCACUGGAGGAUGUGGUGGAGAGAUGUACUGUGAGGAAGGUGGAGGCUAUUCUAGAGAACAUGGCUCACCCACUUCACAACACCUUGGUGGACCGAAAGGCCUAUGGUGGUGGACGGCUCCUCUCUCUUCGCUGCAGGAAAAAAAGAUUCAAAAGAUCUUUUGUACCCACAGCCAUGAGACUCUACAAUUUAAAUAGUAGAUGACUUUUUCAGACGUGACAAAUGAGACUAUAGACAAUUGAAUUUCCCUUAGGGGAUAAAUAAAGUUCUUCGUAUCUUAAAUUAAUUUUUGAUUAACUAUAAUGAACACUUUGGAUUUUUAGUCCUUAUUAAUUUGUUUGAAGGGUUAUCGAACAAGACAAUGGUCACUUCCAGCUUUUGACUCAACUUGACUUUUGAUAGAUGUAUAAUUGAGGACAGCCACUUGAUGGGUUGAGUAAAAGUACAUUAUGAUGCCAUUAGCUUUGGGUGGAUGUUGGUUUAUUUUAUUUUAUUUCUUUAAUAAAAAGGGAUUAAUGUUUGUUUCCAUUGUGUCUUACAGGUAUCCUGUCCAGUCUCCCCACUCUCCCCUAUCAUUUUGAUCGCUCUGUCUUUCCUGUCUCCUCUACCACUCUGUCUGAUUGAAAAGCACUCUGUCUUGUGUCCCCCUUUCUUCUAUCCCUCUGGCUAAGUUUUGGACGCUCUGUCUUUCCUGUCUCCUCUACCACUCUGUCUGAUUGAAAAGCAACUCUGUCUUUCUAUCCCCCUUCUAUCCCACUCUGACUCAUUGCAGAACUUUUCAGAACUUUGCAGAACUUUUCAGAACUUUGCAGAACAUUUCAGAACUUUGCAGAACUUUUCAGAACUUUGCAGAACUUUUCAGAACUUUGCAGAACUUUGCAGAACUUUGCACUUUGCAGAACAUUUGAGAACCUAUUUUGAGAACCUAUUUUGAGAACCUAUUUUGAGAACCUAUUUUGAGAAACCUUUUGAAACAAGCAACCUUUCUUUGAGUCAAAACUUUUGAAACGGAAGUACAUUUAAUACAACCGCUAUUUUGAAAAAUCCCUAAUUUUGCACAAGUCUGAUUGUUGUUCUAGGUCCUCCUCUCCUGUCUGUGAAUCCAGAGUUUCGCCAGAAGACGUGUCGUCAGCUACACCACAUCUGCAUACCUGACUUUGAAAGAACAUAAAAACACGUUUUAUAUAGAAUAUUUGAGUUGCAUAGUAUUUCAAACACAAAGUUCUAAGAUUAAAAAAUUGUUGAUUUGUGUUUUUUCUUCAAACAUUUACAUAGUCUUGCCUAGGAUUUCCUUAGAAAACAUUUGAUAAACUAUUGUUGGUAUACACACAGUUAUAAAUUAGAUUUUUUGGAGACUAUAAGAGCUGUAAAUAACGUCCUCUUGAAGAAAUAAAGCAUUUUUGUCUAUACUGGUGCUUAUCAGUAACUUUUAAUUGUUGCAUAAACACAUUGUUGUGAAAGAACAGUUACAAUGCCAAGGAAGAGUAAGAGGUCACAGGUUGCAAGCCAGCGCUGGCAGAGGUUUCAUGACAUUGACCGUGUGAGUACUGAACAAGCAGAUGGUAUUCCUCAGAGCAGUGGAGAGGUAAAGAGGUCUGAAGUGUCUGAUGCUGUGAAACAGGGAGGUGAAAAUGCAUCAUGUCAACCACAGGUAUCUUAUGCAGACGUGCUUAAGAGGAGACGUGUAAGUGAGUCACCUGCAGCAGGUCCUUCUAACUCUCAUCAGGUGAACUACAGAGCCCAAACUGAAAAGCCAUGCUCAACCCAGGUAUCACAUGCAGACACUGUUAAGAAGGGAAACCACAGUAAUUAUCAGUCUGUAUCAGGCUCUUCUCGGGUAAGAAAUGUUAACGCUGUUAAUCAGUCAGGAGAACAAAACGUCUGUGCGUCACGCAGCCAAGCAUCUCUGAAAUAUGGCCAAUCCAGAAACCAGCAGUGCACCUGUAACUCACUGACAUUUCUAGCAUUCCUGUAUGAGAGUGAACACAUCACCAGAGCAGAUCUGGACCGUGUUUUGGAUAAAGGUGAUGUGAUGUACAGAGAAGUCAGAAAAACUGUUCGUGAUCACGCCCAUCUGACAACCGAUGAGCUCCCUAAAGAGGUUCCUGCACGCAGACACACGCAGAUUUUUGACAAGUCACAGCUGUCUAGAUACGGUACGUUUGGAGAUCCGGAUCCUGGAGCUGUUGAUACCUUUCUGGACCUCGUUUCAGGACUGAGCUGCUUAUUAACAGAUGUGCAGUAUGCUUUGCUGCUAAUGACUUCACUGUGCAUUGCAGUUUUCAGAACCAGAGAUGGCAGGUACGGUUUCUUUGACCCACAUGCUAGGACAGCUAACGGUUUGCCUCUGCUUAAAGCCACACCUACUCCUGGUACCGCUGUCAUGGUAACAUUCACACGCCUCAGUGACAUGAUUGCUAGGCUCAUCAGGUAUCACCACAUAUUGGGCACAGCAGCGUCCUGUCGCUAUGAGCUCAAGCCAGUUGUGUUCUGUGAUGUGAACCCAAGUGAUGCUAUCCCAGCCACAGAAAGUCCAUCCACAACUCCCUCUGUAACAACCACUGUGAUAAAUGAUGACACAAGUGCUCCACAGAUGAACACUGAUGUCCAUGAAAACACUGAAUGUGACAUGGAAACUGAACCAGAACCACUGAUCGACUUCAGCCAGUGUUCUGUCACAUUAACUGGUCCUGAAUCUCUCGCUCCAGAGAUUAACACUACUGUAAGUAAUGACACAUCACAGAAUGUUUCAAUUUUGAUGGAAAUACAAGCUCAUCAACCAGGUCAGAUCAGCAUGAAUUCUGUCACAGAGGAAACUCAAGAGACACAAUCAAAUUUGACACAACCAUUUAUAACUAUCCCUGUUGCCAGUGACAAUGUUAUCCAUGACAUCGCCACUAAACUGUCAAAAUUAAGCAAAGAGCGAAAACUGAAAUUUAAGAGGAGACUAAUGAGAUCUGAAAAGACAUCACAAGAGAAAAAAGAUAAAAACAGUAAAGAGAGAGAAAAGUAUGCUAAGAAUGAAACAUACAAAGCAAAGAAAAAGUCUUAUUCAAGUAAAAACUAUUCUGUCAAUCCUGAAAUACAGACAAAGAAAAGAAAAAAGAUCACAACUAAAUACAGAGAAAGCACAGACUUCAGACUAAAGCAAAAAGACUAUAUGAAUAAGAAAUACAGAGAAAAUGUUGAAUUCAGAGGCAGAAGAAAAGAAUAUAUCACUAAAAAUUACAGAGAAAAUGUUGAAUUCAAAGGCAGACAAAAAGAAUAUAUCACUAAAAAUUACAGAGAAAAUGUCGAAUUUAAAGGCAGACAGAAAGAAUAUUUCAGGAAAAAAUAUUCAGUGGACAUUAAUUUCCGACAGAGAAAGCGAUCCUAUGAUAAUCAUCGAUAUGCAAAUGAUGAAAUAUUCCGUAACCGACACAGACAGCUGAUGAGACAAAUGAUGCGAGACAGGUACAAGACAAAUCUUGCAUACAGGACUAUGCAUAAAAUGAGGUGUGCAUUGAAAAUAUCAAAGAAAUACAAACGGAUAAGUAAACAAACAUGUGAGACUGACAGAGAGAGUGAAAACCCACUUAUUGAAAGUGCCAUAAAUGAUUUCAGAUCACACAUUAAAGCUGGUCCCACCCAUGUUUGCACAGUUUGUCACAAAGCCUCAUUUCCAAACCAGGUGCAAAAGUGCAAGAGGUCCAACUAUGUGAAAAAUCCAAUCAUGGUUUCAGCUUGUCUCAAAGGUCAGUACGUCCAUGAUUGUAACGAUGACUGCAGAAAUAAGUGCACUGUCCCUGAUGAGAGAAAGACUGAGUGGAUUUGUCACACCUGCCAUGACCAUCUGAAAAAUGGAUCCAUGCCCAAACUUGCCAUAGCAAACAACUUGGAGCUUGCUGACAUACCACCUGAGCUGUGUGACCUCAACAUACUGGAGAGACAUCUGAUAGCAAAGUGCAUAACAUUUGCCAAAAUCAUUCCUCUUCCCAAAGGCAGACAGAGAGCUAUACAUGGUAAUGUUGUAUGUGUUCCCUCUGAAGUCCAGGAAACAAUUCAGGCUCUACCCAGAUUGAGAAAUGAAUCUCAGGUGAUGAGAGUAAAACUGAAGAGACGUUUGAGUUACAGAGGUCACCAUCUGUUUCAGACUGUUACCUGGUCCAAGCUAGUGCAGGCUCUGCAUAAACUGAAAGAGAUACACCCCCAGUAUGAAGACAUCACUAUUAGAGAUGAGGAGGAGUUAUGUGACCCCACACUUCCUGAUGAUGGUGAUGAGGAUGAGGAUGAGGAUGAUGGUAAUGAUAUCACAAUGAAUGAUGAUGACUAUGAUGAUGAGGAUUUGAUGGAAAUUGAUAGAAUUGAGGCUGCUGCCAUGUAUGAGGCUGAAACUAACAUUGAAACUGAGGAUGAGAACACAGAGCUGUGUGAUAAAAGUCAGACCCAGGACAAUGAUGAUCAGACACAACAAAAGGAUUCAGACGUGCAUAAUGGUGGUGUUGUUUUGGAGUCGUGCCUUCAGCCACGUGAUGUUUCUGAGGAGAUAUUGUGUUUCAGUGACUCUACAUACUCAGUAGCUCCAGCAGAGAGAAACAAUCCAGUCAGUUUUUUCAAAACACCCAAAUUAGAGGCCAUGGCGUUCCCUGUUCAGUUUCCCACUGGUGAGAAUACACUGGAUGAAAACAGACCAAUGAAACUAUCACCCAGUAGUUAUUUUAAAGCAAGGCUCUUUGGUGUUGAUGAUCGCUUUGCCAGAGAUACCAACUACCUGUUCUUUGCACAGUUUGUGACCGAAAUACACUUGGCUACCUCCAGCAUGUCAAUUCAGUUACGCAAAGGCAAACCUUUGACCAGAGAUGGACGUAAAAUAACAUCCAGAAUGUUGAGAGACAAAUAUGAAGUGGAGAGACUGGUGAGAAACAGAGAUGCUAUCAGAUUUAUGCAGCCGCUCAGAGGAACACCAGCCUACUGGGACAAAACUACAAAAGAUCUGUUUGCUAUGAUCAGACAGUUGGGCAGUCCUACGUUCUUUGUCACAUUUUCUGCAGCAGAAAUGCGUUGGCCUGAGGUGAUUAUUGCAAUAAAAUCACAACAAGGUGAGGAGGUGAAUUUUGAAGAGCUCGACUGGUCCACAAAGUGUGACAUUCUCAGAAGCAAUCCUGUGACAACGAUGCGCAUGUUUGAUAAGCGUGUUGAAGCACUGUACAGAGAUCUGAUCAUGUCUCCUGCACAACCCCUGGGCAAAGUUUUUGACUUCUUUUGGCGUCUCGAGUUUCAGCACAGAGGAAGUCCUCAUAUACAUGGUCUUUUGUGGGUAGAAGGUGCACCUGUGUUUGAGAGAGACUCUGAUAAAACUGUGUGUGACUUUGUGUCCAAACACAUCUCUGCUCAGCUCCCUGACCCAAAUAAACAGCCUGAACUGUACAAAAAGGUCAAAGAAGUGCAAAUACACAGUAAGAACCACUCAAAGACAUGUUUCAAAAGUGCAAAUUCUGGAUGCAGAUUUGGAUUCCCAAAACCACCCUCCAGACAGACAAUGAUAACCAGACCUGUGGGUGAUGAUGAGGAGUCAGAGAGACUUAAGAGAGCCAAAGAGAAACUUGCACCACUGAAUCAGCUGCUGAAUGAGACACAAACUGAAUCCAUGAGUUUUCAACAGCUCCUGUCUGUCUGUGACUUAACCGCUGAUGAGUAUGAGAAACACAUGAAUGUGAUGAGUCAGUCCAGCAACAUCAUUCUGAAGCGUGAGCCUAAAGACUGCUGGGUAAACACCUACAACCCUCACCUGCUCAAAGCUUGGGAUGCAAACAUUGAUGUGCAGUUCAUUCUCAGCUACUACAGUCUGAUCCAUUACAUAUGUACGUACAUGUGUAAAAGUGAGAACUCUGUGAGCCAGUACCUGCAAACACUCAUUCAGAACUCCGACAGAGAAUGUGUCAAUGAAUGUGAUGAAAUGAAAGCGGUCAUGCAGGCGUAUUCCAAAAAGCGAGAAGUAUCAGCACAAGAAGCUGUUGCCCGAGUGACUUCACUGAACAUGAAAAAGAGUUCACGCAGUGUGGUUUUUGUCCCAACUGAUGACAACCCAGUGAAAAUGAGUCUGCCUGUGUCAAGCCUUGACAACACAACACCAGACAGCUUGAAUGUGUGGAUGACAUCCUUAACAGACAAGUACAAAUCCAGACCUGAAUCACCAGAGUUUGAAGAGAUGUGCAUGGCUGAUUUUGCGUCUACCUGCAGACUGGUGUAUGGACAACAGACCAAGGGCAAGAAAGUGGUACCUUUGCUGAAUGAACUAGGCUUUAUACAGAGACGAGAAAGUGACAACGCUGCUGUCAUCAGGUAUCGCCGCAUAUCCAAAGAGAAAUACCCUGAGCAGUUUUACGGCACAUUGCUUAGACUGUAUCUUCCAUACAGAUCAGACGAUGAGCUGAAAAGACCAUAUUUUCCCACGUAUGAGUCAUUCUAUGAGAGAGGUGUGGUUCAGCUGCCGUAUUCUGACCGACCCCUGAGUGUGAAACUCAUUGUGAAAAGAAACAGAGAGAGAUAUGAAAAAAACAGUGAGGAAAUUGACUCUGCUCUCGAGGACUUUGAACAGAACAGAGGUGUGGUCGAUGAAUGGUGUAAUUUGGCACCUGAAUCUGAACUGGUGAGGUUGGAGUGUAUCGAUGAACUGGAUGCCAGACAGUGUGAAAAUGUCCAAGAGGAUGUACCGGAUUACAGCAGACAAUCAAAUGCUGCUACAGAGGCCAGAGUCAUGA